GUCGUUCGCCAAGACGCUCGAACUCUUGGAGCACUCAGUCUAGUAGAAGACUUUCGCGUGAGUAGCAGUGCCCCAAAAUCUAAAGUGGAGUGAUAAGGGGCCGAAUAGCCCUGGCAACGUACAGCCAUGGCGACUGCAAAAAUGAAGAUAAUACUUCCGCUAGUCGUUUGGAUGUGGCUGCACACGACGACUGCCCAGUCCUUUAGCGGGAUUGGAUUUGGUAUAAAGCAAGAAAUCUUUUUUCUAAAUCUAGAGGACGGAUACUUUGGAUGCCAAGUCAACGAAUCGACGGACGUUUUGCAACUAUUCGAACUAUCGAAAUUAUGCGACGGAGUUCCGAACUGUUUUUUAGGCUCGGACGAACUCAGCGACAAACUCAAGUGUACAAAUGACUGUCACAAGGAAGAUGGAUCCUCCUGCCAAAACGGGGCUUGUCUCGACGGACAAUGUCACUGUAACGACGGAUACGGAGGGUGCAACUGCGAGGUCCCAGACGAAAACGAGUGCAAAUACCGACCUUGUGACGUCUUCGCCCAUUGCACAAACACGUUGGGUAGUUUUUCGUGCACUUGCUACCCCGGAUACCAAGGCGAUGGUUUUCACUGUGAGGACAUUAACGAAUGCGACGAUCCCGCAAUCGCCUCCAGGUGCGUGGAAAAUGCCUGGUGUUGUAAUCUCCCAGCCCAUUUCCUCUGCAAAUGUAACCCGGGUUUCGAAGGAGACGGCGAAGUUCAAUGUCUCGACAUCGACGAAUGCUCUCAUCCUGAUGCUUGUGGUCAAAACGCGAUCUGCCACAACACUCCCGGAAAUUACACCUGCUCAUGUCCUGAAGGAUUCAUUGGGAAUCCCUUUGAUGGGUGUGUCGAUCAGAACGAAUGCGAAAAUCCUAAUGCGUGUGGUCCUGGAGCCAUUUGCACCAACGUGGAGGGAGGGAGACAAUGUCAUUGUCCUCCAGGAUUCGAAGGAGACCCAUACACAAGCGGAUGCAACGACAUGGAUGAGUGUUCAAGGUCGAAUCCUUGCGGAAGAGACGCCAUUUGCUCGAAUUUGGAAGGGAGUUUCCGAUGUGCGUGUCCUCCAGGCUUCAUCGGAGACCCUAUGACUGCUUGCACAGAUAUUAACGAAUGCAGUUCGAGCCCUUGCGCACCGACUGCGCAAUGCAUCAACACUAACGGGAGUUACACCUGUUUGUGUCCCGAAGGGUACACAGGUUCGGCGAAGGAAGAUUGUGUGGAUAUCAAUGAAUGUGGAAGGUCUGGAGCUUGUGGGAUAAACGCUAAAUGCAUUAACGUCCCGGGGUCAUACAAGUGCAUAUGCCCUCAAGGGUUCACAGGGCAGGGACAGCUGUUUUGUGAAAAUAUAAACGAAUGCGAUACAAAUCCGUGUGGAGAAAACGCAGUCUGUAAAGACACACUAGGAAGUUACACUUGCACAUGCAAGGAAGAUUACACCGGCGAUCCUUUCAAAGGAUGCGUCGAUAUCGACGAAUGUCAAGCACUUGAAAGACCAUGUGGGGCACACGCGAUUUGCGAAAAUGCCGUUCCGGGAUAUAACUGUAUUUGCCCCCAAGGCUACCAAGGCAAACCAUCGCCCAAAAUCGCCUGCGAACAAAUCGAUGUUAACAUUUUAUGCAAAUCAAACUUCGACUGCACGAAUAACGCCGAAUGUAUCGAAAACCAAUGCUUUUGCCAAAAAGGUUUUGUUCCCAAAGGCUCAGUGUGUGUAGACAUAGACGAGUGUGAAGCACAGCCUUGUGGACAGUACUCUGUCUGUACCAAUACAAUCGGUAGUUUCCACUGUGACUGUGAAAAUGGGUUUGUUGGGGCCCCACCUAUGGUACAAUGCAAGGCCCCUUGUGAGGACGUCAAAUGUGGCGACCACGCCUAUUGCAAACCUGACGGCCAAGAAGCCUAUUGCAUAUGUGAGGAUGGAUGGACUUUCAAUCCUCACGACAUUGCAGCUGGCUGUAUAGAUAUUAAUGAGUGUGACGAAAUCAAUGGUCCUAGUGGCCGUUGUGGCAAAAAUGCCCUUUGUACAAACUUACCGGGAACAUUCGCCUGUCAAUGUCCUCAAGGCUUCACCGGCAAUCCUUCGGUCCAAUGUCAAGACUUUGACGAAUGUUCUAAACCCAAUUCAUGCGGAGUUGGGGCGGUUUGUGAAAACACUCCAGGGUCAUACACAUGUAAAUGUCCCGAAGGCACUGUUCCGAGUCCCGACCCUCGAACCAAAUGCAACGAAAUUGUGACUUGUAAUUCGGACUCGGAUUGUCCCGGAAAUGCCAUUUGUGACCACAAGAAACGGUGUUUGUGCCCUGAACCAAACGUGGGCAAUGAAUGUAGACAUCCUUGUGAAACCACCGUUUGCGGACCAAACGAGCAAUGCAUGCUUGUUAAUCAAGAAGCCAAAUGCAUUUGUCGUGCUGGUUUCACCGGUACCAGCCUAGGUUGCGUCGAUAUAGAUGAAUGUGCCGGUAAUCCGUGCCAACUGGGUGCUAUUUGCAAGAACGAACCUGGGAGCUUCUCCUGUCAAUGUCCUGGGGGUACCACCGGAGACCCCUACAGGACCGGAUGUGCCAAAAACGAGAUACCAUUCAGUUGUUCCGACUCCAAACCUUGUCCUCCAGGUGAACAAUGUAUCACUGACGAUUUCGUCGGCGGUAGUGUCUGUAUUUGCGUCCAAGGCUAUUUAAGAGACCACAAUACCGGAAAAUGUCGCGAUGUUGAUGAAUGUACCGAAUUCCGGGAUAAGCCAGCAUGUGGGAUUAACGCAAUUUGCAAAAAUCUUCCCGGAAGUUAUGACUGUCAGUGCCCUCCCGGGUUCAACGGAAACCCAUUUUUAGAAUGUUUGGAAUGCAAUAGUCCAGACUGUCGCUGCCAACCGCCUUACAAACUCACAGACGGUAACUGUGUUUUGGCUAGUUGUGAACCAGAUGGUUCUUGUCCUAAUGGAGCUGAAUGUAUCACAAUCACCGGGGGUGUGAGCUACUGUGCGUGUCCCAAAGGGUUUAAAACGGCCCAAGACGGGUCCUGUAUUGACAUCAAUGAGUGUGUGGAAGGCAAACAAGUAUGUGGGUACGGUGCCGAGUGUGUUAACUCGGUUGGAUCAUACGAAUGUCAUUGUCCGAGAGGAUACAGUGGAGAACCCUACAACGGUUUGUGUUCUCCAGCCCAAAAACGGUGCAUCCACGAUAACGAAUGCUCAGCUAAUGAGAAAUGCGUCCAACCAGGCGAAUGUGUAUGCCCGCCUCCGUUUUUCACCGACCCGCAAGAUAACAACAAGUGUAAAAGUCCAUGUGAGCGAUUUUUGUGUGGAAUUAACGCGAAAUGUACGCCGAGUGACCCUCCUAAAUGUCUUUGCGAAUCAGGGUACAAGGGAGAUCCCUUACAAGGAUGCGUGGAUAUAGACGAGUGUGCGGAUGCUCCCUGUGCUUACGCAGCGCAAUGUAUCAACCAGAAAGGAAGUUACAAAUGUAUAUGUCCCAGAGGAAUGACCGGUGACCCUUACAAAGGUGGAUGUAUUCUUGAAAUCGGGACCGGAAAAGCCCAAUGCCAGACAAAUGAUCACUGUGCACAUACUUUGGCUUGUGUCGAGAGAACUUGCAUUAGCCCAUGUGGAGCUUUGACUUGUGGUCCUAAUGCCUACUGCGAACCUGAAAAUCAUGCGGCUUGGUGUAGGUGCCGGGUCGGGUAUGCUGAGAAUUCACAUGGAGAGUGUGUUUCGAUUUGCGAAGGUGUUAUUUGUGCUGCCGGCGCCCAAUGUAUCCCAACUAAUUCAGGCCCAACUUGCAAAUGUUUGGAAGGUUUCAUGGGUAACCCAUUCCCGGGAGGCAAGUGUACUACUGAUCUUUGCUCGUCUUCAAAUCCUUGCGAGGAGCCCUACAUUUGUAUCGGUGGUCGAUGUAAAGAGAGAUGUGAAGGCAUCAUUUGCGGCGUUGGGGCUCACUGUGACCGAGACACCAACCAAUGUGUUUGUGAUUCAUUCUUUAUUGGUACUCCGGAAUUAAUUUGUAUGCCUCCUAUACUUGGACCUGUGUGUGUCCCAACUUGUGGCCAAAACGCCCACUGCGAGUAUGGAACGAAUUCCAAUAAGUGUGUCUGCAAUUCCGGUACCAGUGGCAAUCCCUAUGAGCAAUGCUCGCAACUCGAGCGCAAAACUUGCGAUGCGAGUACCUGUGGCUCAAACGCUGAAUGUAGGGAGAGUUACAAUGAUAUCCAGUGUUUGUGUCAGUCAGGCUUCACCGGAAAUCCUUUUAUCGGCUGUCACGACAUCGACGAGUGUAGCGGUGACGUCUGUGGCCAAAGUGCCGUCUGCAUCAACACUAUUGGCAGUUACGAUUGUCGUUGCAAGGAAGGCUACGCUGGCAAUCCUUUUAUUAUGUGUUCCCAAGUCCAGGGUGGUGUUUGCAAAGACGUCAAAACCUGCAAUUGUAACGAUCGCGUCUUUUGUCCCUCUGGUUUCACCUGUGAGAGAGGUCGAUGCAAAAACCUGUGCGAAAAGGUCAAAUGUGGGCCUCGAGCCAACUGUCAUGACGGCCAAUGUGUAUGUCCUCCCGGCCACAUCGGAAAUCCCACCGAUUUGCGUAAAGGUUGCACGACUGAAGGACGUUGCAACAGCGACCUUGAUUGUCACGACGGACAAAUUUGUUUCCAAUUGGGCAAAGGUCUAAGAAAGUGUUUGGACGCUUGUAGCAAAAUCCAGUGUGGUCCUAACGCACUGUGCGUUUCCGAGAAUCACAGAUCGUCUUGUAUUUGCGCUUCGGGUUACAACGGUAACCCGAGUGAUCUCAAUUUAGGGUGCCAACCGGAAGAACGGGUCAACCAAAGAGAAUGUGAGCAUGACAGAGACUGCAAACCUGGAACAAUCUGCUCGGUUGAUGUUUCUGGAAUUCAGAAAUGUAUCAGUCCUUGUGAAACAGUCGCAUGUGGACUUAACGAAAUCUGUAAGAUUGAUUCAGCCGGUCAUCCAACGUGUACAUGCCGCGAUGAUUUCAUCUGGAAUCCAGUUUCCUCUCUGUGUGAAAAACCAUCAGUACCAGAUUGCACGUCGGAUCAGGAUUGCCAACCUGUGGCCGCAUGCCAACCUGACGCUUUAGGAAUUCUAAAAUGCGUCCCUGUUUGUUCCCACUUCACUUGCCCUAUUAAUGCGGCUUGUGUUGCUGAAUCACACAGGGGACAAUGUCAAUGCCUUUCGGGCUACACCGGGAACCCCAAAGACCGCAAUGGCUGUAAACCAAUCAGUCAGAAUCAAUGUACGACUGACGCUCAAUGCUCCGAACAUGAAACUUGCAAAAAACACGGAGAAUUUGGAGUACUUGUGUGUAAACCAGCCUGUGAUUAUGUUUCCUGUGGCCCUAACGCCGUUUGUGUCACUAAUAAUCACGUAGCGCAGUGCCAGUGUCCCCCGGGGUCAUUUGUAGGUGACCCUACUGACCCUACAGCCGGUUGCAAAUCCGUCCCUUGUGUCUAUAACAUUGACUGUCCUCCAACUCAACUGUGCAACCGCUUGACUCACACUUGUUAUGAUGUUUGCGACGAGGAAUCUUGCGGAACAAACGCAGUGUGCAUUGCAGAGAACCACAAAGCGGUCUGUCAGUGUCCUCCAGGUUACAGUCCGAAUCCUCUCGCCGAAGUCGAAUGCGUACCUGUUGAAGUAUGUAACCCUAAUCCUUGCCACACUUCGGCCAUAUGUGAAGCCACGAAUUUCGGUCACACGUGCAAAUGCCCUCCAAAUACAAUCGGAGAUCCCUUUACUGCAGGUUGUAGACCGGAAGGGGGCUGUCCUAAUGGUGACCGCGAUUGUCCAUCACGAGCUGUGUGCCAAGCUGGGAAAUGUAUCAAUCCAUGUGACCAAUACCAAUGUGGCCCUAAUGCAAUCUGCACUGUUGAAAAGAGAAAACCAGUUUGCAAUUGCCCGGCAAAAUUCAUACCAGGCCCUCAUGGCAUACAAGACGGGUGUGUCAGAAUUGCCACACAAUGUGCCACUGAUAUAGACUGUGGAAAUGAAGUCUGUUUUAAUGGGCAAUGUCGGGCAGUUUGCCGUAAUAACGACGAUUGUUCUUUCGGCGAACGCUGCUUGGAGAAAAUAUGUAUGAUUCCGUGUGCUAGUCACAGCCAGUGCCGACAAGACCAAGCAUGCAUCAAUGGAAUGUGUAUAAUAGGGUGCCGAAGCAACAAAAACUGUCCCUCAGACCAAGCGUGUGUCAACAACAAGUGUCAAAAUCCAUGCAGUCUAGAAGGCUCGUGUGGCCCCAAUGCAAUUUGCUCGUGCCAAAACCAUAAAACUAUUUGUACGUGUCCUGAGAACUUUGAAGGCAAUCCGACCCCUAACGAGGGCUGCAUCCGCAUCCCAUUGACAUGUCAGACUAACAAUAACUGUCCCAAUGGUCACACUUGUGUUAAAAACCAAUGCUCAUUCCAAUGUCACGAUAACAUCAAGUGCGCCACCGGCGAGAGAUGCUCCAACAAUGUUUGCACCAAAGUCUGCUAUGGUGACAAUAAUUGUUUACCAGGGGAAGUCUGCUUGAGAGGGUUAUGCGAACCUGGAUGCGCCGUCGACUCUGAUUGUCGCAGUUCCCAAAUCUGCAUCAAAGGUCAAUGCAAAUGUGGGCUUGGAUUUAUUGGAACACCUCAAGGUUGUGAGGACAUCAACGAAUGUGAGGAUCAUCCAUGCCACCCUACCGCUCACUGUCAAAAUCACAAAGGGUCAUAUCGGUGCGUUUGUCCCGAAGGAACCGUCGGUGACCCUUUCAUCGAACCGGGAUGUCUAUUGCCCAACCAAUGCAGACGCAAUAGUGAGUGUGCCGAUAAUCUUGUUUGCAAAACUGGAAAAUGUCAAGAUCCGUGCGAAGAAAUCCGCUGUGGUCCCAACGCUGUUUGCAACGUUUUCAAUCAUAAAUUGACCUGCUCAUGCCCUACAAACCAUCUGGGCGACCCAUUCGACCUAAAAUUGGGUUGUUUCAAAGUUGAGUGUUUGGAGGAUGUGGAUUGUGCGACUGAUAGACGAUGCGAGACUGAGAUAAACAAGUGUUUGAAUCCGUGUGAUUCAAUCAGUUGUGGCAAAGGCACGUGUAUUACUCAAGAGCAUCAAGCUUAUUGCAGCUGUUUCGAAGGCUAUACUCUAAUAAAUGAUAAAUGUGUUGAUGUUGAUGAAUGUCGGACUUCUAAUCCGUGCCACAAGUCGGCAACUUGUGUGAACAAUGACGGCGGCUUUACGUGCGUCUGUGGUGAAGGAUUAGUCGGCGAUCCUGUCGUUGGGGGCUGCCGCAAACCCGGUGAUUGCUUUACCGACACCGAUUGCCCCUCAUCUGCAACGUGUGUCGAUAACUUCUGCCGAAAUCCGUGUGAAAACCCCAACGCCUGUGGUAGAAACGCUGAAUGUAUCCCAAUAAAUCACGAAGCUACGUGUAAAUGCGCCCCCAAGACACGUGAAGAUGCUCAACACAACUGUAUCCCAAUCGAAUGCGAAACUAACAAUGAUUGUUCCCAAGACAAGGCUUGUAUCGACUCCAAAUGCACCAAUCCGUGUUCUCUGGUCAAUGCGUGUGGCCAAAAGGCCGAAUGCCGGCCUAGUAACCACGUAGGGGUUUGCUCAUGCCAAGCUGGCACCACCGGAGACCCACACUUGGGUUGUGUAUCAGUUCAGUACUGUGCUGUUGACACGCAAUGUCCAGCAGGGUCUCAAUGUUACAACGGUAUCUGUACUUCGAUUUGUACCUCGUCUAGGGAGUGUAUUUCCGACCAGUUGUGUAUACAAGGGAUUUGCCAACCAACUUGCAAAUCAAACUCGUCAUGUCCCGAUUUUCAAUUUUGCCAAAACAAUAUUUGUACGCAAGAAUUCAAAUGCCGGUCUAAUGACGACUGUUCCUUCACCGAGAAAUGUUUGGCUAAUACAGUGGGUCAAAAUGAAUGUAUCGACGUUUGUGAGGGAGUUCUAUGUGGUCGCAACGCCGAAUGUGUUUCGCAAAACCACGAAGCCACUUGCAUUUGCAAAAUCGGGUACAAGGGAAAUCCAAAUGAUGACAAACUGGGGUGCCAACGAGUCGAGUGCGAAUCCAACGACCAAUGUUCAAACGACAAACUUUGUGACCAGUACAUGUGCAAAAUCGCGUGUUUAGUUCACAAUCCAUGUGGACGCAACGCUCUAUGUUCGGCCGAACAUCACAGACAAGUCUGCUAUUGCCAGCCUGGGUAUACAGGAGACCCACAUGCCGGAUGUCGAUUGAUUGAUUUCUGUGCUGAUAAUCCGUGUGGUCCCAAGGCCCGUUGUCACAACUCGCGAGGUUCUUUCAAAUGUCAAUGUCCACAAGGAUUGGUCGGAGACCCAUACAAUGAAGGGUGUAGACCUCCAGUUGAGUGCAACUCCGAUAAGGACUGUCCAAGUGUCGCUAAAUGUGAUAAGUCUAAUGGCUUACAUAAAUGUCGCGAUGUUUGCGAGAGGACGGCUUGUGGCCCCAACGCUGAGUGUAUUGCUGUUGACCAUAAAGGUCACUGCAGUUGUCGGAAUGGCUACCAAGGGAAUCCCAGCGACUUGUCGCUAGGUUGCACACCCAAACCUGUCUCUUGUCGUCACACUUCAGAUUGUCCAGCAAAUACCUAUUGUUACGGUGAUGUCUGCAGACCUCCGUGUCAAACAAGCGAGGAAUGUAUACCCAGUGAGCAAUGUCUCCAAGGUCAAUGUCUCAACCCUUGUGACUUACGUUCAGCCUGUGGUAUGAACGCGGAAUGCAGAGUUAUCAACCACGUGAAACAAUGCAGUUGCCCUCCAGGCUUUACCGGAAACCAAGACGUUGAAUGCUUUAGACUGCCAAUUUCCUGUUCAUCAAAUCACAACUGUGCCCCCGGCUACGUCUGUAAAGAGAAUUUAUGCCAUCCUGAAUGCAAAGUAGAUAACGAUUGCGCUUUCAACGAGAAAUGUCUCAAAGGCAAUUGUAUUUUAACGUGCCGAGUAGACAAUGACUGUUUCUUGGGUCACAUUUGUCAUCACAAUAUGUGCAUUUUCGGAUGCCAUAACGACGAUGAUUGUACCGGAACUGAGUCCUGUCGAAACAACAAAUGUGUUAACCCCUGUUUGGAAAAUCCUUGCGGCGCCAACGCCCAAUGCACCGUUUCGAAUCACAGAGCGACGUGUUCCUGUGGUAACAACUUCGUCCCUAAUCCCACUCCAAAAAUUGGGUGUGUGCGUGCACCUGCACAGCCCUGUACCCAAAACAGGGAUUGUGAUCCCGGGAAUGUCUGUAUCGAGCAGUCUUGUCGCACCUUGUGCUCGUCUGACUCCGGAUGCUUUAAUAACGAAAGAUGUGAUGUCAGUAGCGGCGUUUGCAAACCGAUUUGUCGCCGAGAUGAUGAUUGCAAAAACGGAGAAAUUUGCGAAGGGUUGACUUGCUCGAUUGGAUGCAGGAGUGACUCGGGAUGCGCCCCUGAGAAGAAAUGUGUUGGCAAUCAAUGUGUAGAUGUUUGUGCCUCUCCGACGGCUUGUGGCACUAAUGCCGAGUGUGCUGUCAUCAAUCAUAAUAAGUUGUGUGCUUGCCCACCUCCUCUUGUGGGUAAUCCUUUGGAGUAUUGCCGAUAUCCGGUCCAACCGUGUAAUGCGGACUCGGAAUGUGUCAAAGGGCAUGUUUGCUACGAGGCGGUGUGUCAACAAAUGUGCAGAACUGACCAUAAUUGCCUAUCGGAUGAAAAGUGUGUCAGGGGUGUUUGUCGCACUGUUUGCAACUCUGACGACUUCUGUAGCAUUAAUCAGGUUUGCAAAAAUCGACUGUGUGAAAUUGGGUGUCGGAGCGACUCGUCUUGUCCCCAAAAUCAAGCUUGUAUCAAUAAUAAAUGUCAAAAUCCUUGUGACUAUAAUACGACUUGUGGCAAUUGUGCCGAUUGUAAAGUCAAAAACCAUGUAGCUCAAUGCAGCUGCCCUUCAAACUUUUUAGGCAAUCCUUUAGUCGCUUGCACUAAAGCUGUAACUGAAUGUGAUGGAAUUUGCGAGUGUGACGAAAUAGGUUACUGUACCAAAUCAUGCCGAACGUCAAAAGAGUGUUCUUGUGGUGAAAUCUGCUCAUCUGGUAAAUGUCGAAAUAAAUGCUCCACGCAAAUGCCUUGUGCUCGUGGCCAGAUAUGUACAAGAGGCGCUUGCUUACCUGGCUGUCGCUCUAAUAACGACUGCUCCACUUCUGAAGUUUGCAGAAACAAGAAAUGUCAAAAUGUAUGCAAAGAUGCUAACAGUUGUGGUAAAAAUGCAAUUUGUCAAGCUACCGAUCGUAGAAAAGUGUGUUUGUGUCCUGAUGGUUAUCAGGGGGAUCCCAAAAUCGAGUGUAAACCUUACGAAUGCAGACUGGAUACGGAUUGUGAGAGUGAUAAGAGAUGUAGUCCUGAUGGAGCUUGCAGAAAUCCAUGUCGCGAGAAUAAAGCGUGUGGUAUUAAUGCCCAAUGCCGGGUAAUUGAUCGAAAACCGCACUGUUCGUGCCCCCCUGGUCUCUUUGGAAAUGCUCUAGUUGAAUGUAAAAAGGGCGGAAAUGAGGAAUGUUUGAAAAAUCCUUGUGGGGCUAAUACCAAGUGUAAGGAUACAAACGGACGUUAUGAGUGCAGUUGUUUGCCGGGUUGUGUCGGUGACCCUAAUAGAGGAUGCGUCUGCGAACCCGAAUUGGUUAAUUUGUGUAAAAAGAAAUUAUGUGGUAUUGGAGCUCAGUGUAGGAUUGUUCACGGAAAAGAGACUCAGUGUUUUUGUCCCGCUGAGCUGCCGAAAGGUGAUCCGACUAUUGAAUGUACUGUGGAAGAAAGAAACGUUGUCGAUUGUAGAACGGAAGGUUGUGGUAAGAACGCGGAAUGUAUACGCGAACAGGCGUUCUUCGUCUGUCGCUGUCUGCCGGGACAUACAGGUCGACCCGAAGUAGAGUGCAGCAGGGAUGCCGAAUGUAACAGUGACUUAGAAUGCUCCACCGAAAAGGCGUGCAUCAACUACCAGUGCAUAGACCCUUGCACGCUGCGUGGCGCUUGCGGACUGAACGCCCUCUGUCGUACGGUCUUGCAUCGCCCCCGAUGCUCCUGCCCGGAGUGUCACGUGGGCAUGGCGAACACCGAAUGCCGUCCCGACCCCAAAUGUCUCUCGACGCAACCGCGUCCCGCCCCCUCUCACUGCCGCAAAGACUCGCACUGCCCCCUCGACCUCGCCUGUAACGCGGCCUCAGGCGAGUGCUUCGACCCUUGCACUAACCCCGCGUUCAAAUGCACCGGCAAUAAGAGAUGCGAAGUCUCGCACCAUAAAGCCACUUGCGUCUGCAAAAGCGGUUUCGUGGUUAACGAGCGUGGAGAGAUCGCUUGUGCUCCGGAGAUUAGUGAAUGCGCGCGUGAUGAUCAAUGUCCGUCCAACAAAGCGUGCAUUGAUAAUGUAUGUCAGAACCCUUGCACCGCUUCGAAAAAAUCGCCUUGUCCGCCUGAAAAGGGUUGCGAUGUGCUCAAUCACAAACCCGUUUGCAUUUGCUUGAAAAACUGCAAUCCUUCCUUGUCGAUUUGCUUGAGAGACAAUGGGUGUCCGGCGCACCAAGCGUGCAGAGCAUUUAGAUGCGAAGAUCCAUGUGCGACCGCCAGCUGUCCCGAGAACACGCCCUGUUACGUCGAAGAUCAUAGACCUAUUUGCAAGUUUUGUCCGCCCGGAUUUAUAUCCGACCCAAAAUAUGGAUGUCUCAAAGACAUCAAAUGCUAUCAGCAUACGGACUGCACAGGGCAACAUGCUUGUAUCGAUGGGAAAUGUCGCAAUCCAUGUUUAGUUUCUAAUCCUUGUAUUGAAUCACACGACUGCCAAGUUCAAGACCACCAACCCGUGUGUGUCAAAGUUUGUCAAUGCCAGAAAAAUUCAGAUUGUGGCGCUAGUAAUCUAAUUUGUGACGGAUGCAAAUGCAUUAUUGGCGAAGAACCGAAAGUUGUGCCUGGUUGCGAGCAUUGCCCGCCUGGAAUUGCUUGUGACCCCACAACCGGGGCUUGCAUAAAAGAACCACCCCACUCAAAAGCACCUAAACCAUGCGAAUCAGAUAUGGACUGUCUCGAAAGCGAGGCUUGUUACAUGUCGUUGUGUGAGGAUCCCUGUGCGUUCACUAACGCCUGUGCGGACACUGCAAAGUGUCAAGUGAAAAUGCACAGGCCGAUAUGUACAUGUCCCAUGGGAUACGAAGGAAAUCCUGCGGUUAAAUGCUUCAAAUCCUCAACAAUAAGUUGCACCAACAACAACGAUUGUCCCCUGACUGAAGCUUGCAUCGGACAUGCUUGUCAAAGGCCAUGCGACGUGCACAACCCUUGUGCCCAAAACGCAGUCUGUGUUAACACAAAUCAUGGCUCGGAUUGUAGCUGUGCUGAAGGUUUUCAAGGAAAUGGUUACGUUGGCUGUGUGCCAGUUCACGACUAUAAACCCAUUUGCCAAUACAACGAAGACUGUCCACCCAAUAAACUCUGUGAUAGACUCAACAGGAUUUGUAUCAACCCAUGCUUCGAGGAUUCGUGCGGUGAAAACGCGGAAUGUUUGCCAAAAGACCACGGAAUUGAAUGUAGAUGCUUGCCGGGGUACCAAGGCAACCCUUACACCGUCUGCGAGCAAGUUUUAGGUUGCCGAUCUGACACUGAUUGUGCUCCUAAUGAAGCUUGCAUUAACGGCCAGUGUGGCUCGCCUUGCCGUUGCGGCCCUUAUGCCAUUUGCGAAGUUCUCUAUCACAAACCGACUUGUAGAUGUCCACCGGGAUUUGGAGGAAAUCCAGCCACGGGUUGUACACCACCAACAAACCCUUGCGACCCAAAUCCUUGUGGUACCCACGCCUUGUGUGAAAUUGAUAAAGGAAGUGCUGUUUGUUUCUGCCCUAAAGGCUUGACCGGAAAUCCAUUCAUCAAUUGCUUUCCAGAAGGUGACGACUGCUCUCCCAACCCUUGUGGUCCUAAUUCUGGGUGUAAAGUCGUUGGUGGGAAAGCUGUUUGUUUCUGCUUACCCGAAUUUGAAGGCACUCCUCCGCAAACUCCUUGUGCUUUACCAGCAAACCCAUGCAAUCCAUCACCUUGUGGCCCUAACACCCAGUGCACAAUUCUAAGCAACGGUUUUGCCAAAUGUACCUGUCUACCGGGCUACUUGGAAAGUCCUAACACAAUUCGUGGGUGCGUCGAGCCUAAAAACCCGUGCGAGCCUAACAUGUGUGGUCAAGGGGCACUUUGCGACCCGUUACGCGACCCUGUCUGUUAUUGCCCAUAUGGCACAGUUGGAAACCCUUAUAGAUUAUGUGCUGAGCCCACAGUCGCACCUAUGUUAUGCAGUCCCGGGCCGUGCGGACCAAAUGCCGAUUGUUACGUGUCAAAUAACCAAGAACAGUGUUACUGCCGAGCUGGAUUUAUCGGUGAUCCUUAUUCUGGAUGUAGAAUCGAGCCCCCAAGUCCUUGUUUUCCUAAUCCUUGUGGACGUGGAGCCCAAUGCGUUGUUUCCCCUGACGGUAAACCGAUGUGUCGCUGUCCAGAUGGUAUGGGGGGUGACCCAACAGGACCUGCAGGUUGUCACGGCUAUGAAUGCGUGGUUGAUGAUAAUUGUGCUGACCAUCAAGCUUGUAUGGGAUAUCGGUGUAGGGAUCCUUGCCCUGGUUCGUGUGGAGUCAAUGCCCACUGUCGAGUCGAGAAACACCAUCCUGUGUGUACCUGCGCGCCGGAAUUUACCGGAAAUCCGGUUAUUAGAUGUUUCCCGGUACCCAAACCAAUGCCUGAACGAAAUCCAUGCUUGCCUAGUCCUUGUGGCCUUAACACUGUAUGCCAAGUUGCCGGAAAUCGAGCAGUUUGUUCGUGCUUACCCGACUUCCAAGGAGAUCCCCAGAGUGGGUGUAGGCCUGAGUGUGUACUCAACUCUGAUUGUCCCAUAAACAAAGCUUGUCUCGAGAGACACUGUGUUGACCCCUGCACUAUUACUAAUUUGUGUGGAUUGAACUCUUUGUGCCAAGUACGCGACCAUACGGCUACGUGCGUUUGCCCUGAGGGCUUUAUGGGUGAUCCAUUCUACCAAUGUUUGCCUACACCGCCGGUACCACCAGUCGCUAACGUAUCAAAACCGUGUUUACCUUCACCUUGCGGUACUAACAUCGAGUGCAAUAACUACGGCGGACAGGUGGCCAUUUGUGACCCUUGUUUAGGCCCUGACGCCCCCUGGAACCCACAGUGUCGACCGGAAUGUCUCACUAACGCCGAUUGUCCCUUUGAUAAAGCUUGUUUGGGAUCUGUUUGCGCUGACCCUUGCCCCGGCUCGUGCGGAGUCAAUGCUUUGUGUACUGUUAUCAACCACACACCGGCUUGCAGCUGUCCGCAGGGUCUAGUAGGAAAUCCAUUCGAACAUUGCUCAGUACCAACAAGUAAGUCAUUAAUCAUAAUAACUGAAUUUAAUAAACCUUAUAACACUUGUGUUUCAGAACCUCAAGACAGACUUGAUACUUGUGAAAAUGUGCGCUGUGGCGCCAACGCUCUCUGCAAGCAACAGAACCGAGCUUUGGCUUGUGUCUGCAAGAAAGGUUUUUAUGGCAAUCCUUGGAUUGCGUGUCGACCUGAAUGUGUCAUCAACCCCGACUGUUCCCUCGACAAGGCUUGUAUUAACAGUAAAUGUGUCGAUCCUUGCGCUGGUGUUUGCGGAGUUGGAGCCCAAUGUGAAACUAUAAACCACAUUCCGAUCUGUUUCUGUCCGCCUCAACACACCGGUGAUCCAUUCGUCACGUGUUAUCCUUUCAAACCCCCAGCGCCGCCACUAGUUGUAAUCCCGGGCAACCCUUGUGACCCUUCACCCUGUGGCCCUUACAGCAGGUGUCUAGUCUCGUCGCAAGGCUUCGCAACUUGCUCCUGCCUUCCGAAUUAUCACGGCGCACCCCCGGCUUGCAAACCUGAAUGUAUCGUGAGUUCGGAAUGUCCCCAAACUCAGGCUUGCAUCAAUCAGAAAUGUUCCGAUCCUUGCCCCGGCAUUUGCGGCAGUAACGCUCUUUGUACUGUUAUCAACCACAACCCUAUUUGUAGUUGCCCACCAGGCCUACAAGGCGAUCCUUUCGUCAAUUGCUACCAACCUCCAGCUAUUGAAGAACCACGAGUACCGACUAAUCCAUGUAGCCCGUCUCCUUGUGGCCCUAACUCAAUUUGUCAAGUCAAAAAGAACAGACCGGUGUGCUCCUGUAGUCCUAAUUAUAUCGGAAGUCCGCCGUAUUGUCGCCCUGAAUGCGUUAUUAGUCAAGAAUGUCCCAAAAACCGGGCUUGUGUCAAAGAAAAAUGCGUCGAUCCUUGUAUUGACACCUGUGGGCCUAAUGCGAAAUGUGACGUUGUUAAUCAUACGCCGUUCUGUAGUUGUUUGCAAGGGUACGAAGGCGAUGCUUUUGUUGGAUGCUCGAAAACUCCUGUCAUUCCUAAAGAUCCUUGUAAUCCCUCGCCUUGUGGCGAAAAUGCUCAAUGUACAGUGGCAAACGGAGCAGCAAGAUGCAGUUGUAUACCUCCCUACAUUGGAAAUCCUUACGCUGGUGGUUGUAGGCCGGAAUGUACCAUCAAUGCCGACUGUCCUUCCCACUUAGCUUGUCUGAGUCAACACUGCCGAAACCCUUGUCAAGGCUUGUGCGGCGCUAGGGCUGAAUGUAACGUCGUUAAUCAUGUGCCGGUAUGCACUUGUGCCAGAGGUCUUAUCGGAGAUCCUUUCACCUCGUGUCGGGAAGCGCCACCUGAACAACCCAAAAAUCCAUGCGAGCCUUCGCCCUGCGGCCCUAACAGUGUAUGUCGAGUCAAGGGUAACCAAGCUGUGUGUUCCUGCCAAGUCGGCUAUUUCGGAGCACCUCCUCGAUGCCGACCUGAAUGUCUAGUCAGUAGUGAAUGUAGUCAACACCAGGCUUGCAUAGCCCAAAAAUGUCAAGACCCAUGUCCAGGAGCGUGUGGUUACAACGCCAGAUGUCAAGUCGUGAACCACAACCCGAUUUGUAGCUGUCCUCCCAACUACAUUGGAGAUCCUUUCGUCCAGUGCAAUCGAGAGGAACCUAAAACCGAACCACCGAAACCGGUCAGUCCGUGUAUACCGUCUCCUUGCGGUGUCAACGCUGAGUGUCGCCCCGUUGACGAUCGCCCAGUGUGUUCGUGUCUCGCUGGUAUGUUGGGUGCUCCACCAAACUGCCGACCCGAAUGUGUUAUUAAUCAAGAUUGUCCUUCGCAUCUCGCGUGUGUUAGCAAUAAGUGUAAAGAUCCCUGUGCCGGGUCGUGCGGUUAUAACGCCCAGUGUAACGUGCUUAACCACCAACCGACUUGCACUUGUUUUUCUGGGUAUGAAGGUGAUCCAUUCUCAGGCUGUAAUCCAAUCCAAGUUAUUGAAGAGCCUAGAAAUCCUUGCAACCCCUCACCAUGUGGGUCUAAUGCUGUUUGCAAAGAACGCAACGGUGCUGGUUCUUGUACUUGCGUGCAAAAUUAUUUCGGUGAUCCUUAUGCCGGAUGUAGACCUGAAUGUGUAAUGAAUAAUGACUGUCCGCAUGAUAAAGCAUGUCUAGGAAUGAAAUGUCGGGACCCUUGUCCUGGUAGUUGUGGGGUUAACGCUGAAUGUAAAGUUAUAAAUCAUAAUCCUCAAUGUUACUGUUUGCCGGGGUAUACCGGAAAUGCUCUAAAUCUCUGUCGAGAAGUCCCAGCCAUUACAUACGAAGAACCUCGCCGAAACCCUUGCAUACCAUCCCCUUGUGGCCCUUACAGUAUCUGUAGAGUACAAAACGACAGACCGGUUUGUUCUUGUUCUGCGGGUUAUUUAGGCGCUCCGCCAAAUUGCAGACCCGAAUGUGUUGUCAAUUCUGAGUGUCCUUUAGACAAGGCUUGUUUCAACCAAAAAUGUACAGACCCUUGUCCAGGCACUUGUGGAUACAACGCGUUAUGUAAAGUAGUCAACCACAAUCCGAUUUGCAGUUGCCCUCCCGGCUAUGAAGGUGAUCCUUUCACCAGAUGUAUUGUAACAAUAACUCCACCUGUAGUUGAAGAAAAAAAUCCUUGUAUUCCCUCACCAUGCGGGCAAUUUGCCGAAUGUCGCGUGUCAAAUAAUAGGCCUGUUUGUUCAUGUUUACCGAAUUAUUAUGGGCAACCACCAAAUUGCAGACCAGAAUGCGUGGUAAAUUCAGAUUGUGCACUGACUAAAACGUGUCAAAACGAACGUUGCGUUGACCCUUGUCCCGGUUCUUGCGGCGUAAACGCUGAAUGUAGAACAAUUAAUCAUUCACCGGUUUGUUACUGUUUGCAAGGUUUCACCGGAGACCCGUUUUCAGGAUGUCAACAAAUCGUGGUUGUGGAAGAACCUAAACACCCAUGCAACCCAUCACCUUGUGGAGCAAACGCAAUUUGUCGUGAAUUAAACGGCGCAGGGUCAUGUACCUGCAUCCAGGAAUACUCCGGUGAUCCUUACUCCGGUUGUAGGCCCGAAUGUGUGACAAAUUCAGAAUGUCCCCGAGAUAAAUCAUGUGUCAACAAUAAAUGUAAAGAUCCUUGCCCUGGAACAUGUGGCCUAAAUGCCGAAUGUAGGGUAUAUAAUCAUGCCCCAACUUGUAACUGUUUGCCUGGAUAUACUGGAAAUGCUUUACGGUCAUGCCACCUUCCACCUCCACCUCCACCUGAACCGGAACGAAACCCUUGUGUACCGUCACCUUGUGGGCCUUAUAGCCAAUGUCGAGUCUCAAACGGCAAUGCUGUUUGUUCCUGUCAAGCAAACUACAUCGGGGCGCCCCCCUCUUGUCGCCCCGAAUGCACAGUCAGUACCGAUUGCAUGCAAGACAAAGCUUGUAUUAAUCAAAAAUGUCGAGACCCUUGCCCUGGAACAUGUGGUCUAAACGCUCGAUGUAAUGUAAUCAAUCACAACCCGAUUUGUAGUUGUUCACCCGGAUAUGAAGGAGACCCCUUUGUCAGAUGCGUACCAAUACCAAAACAACCAGUUGUCGAACCUAGUGGCGACCCUUGCGUCCCUUCGCCUUGCGGCCCCAACUCUCAAUGUCGCGUCGUAGGCUCACAACCCGCAUGUUCCUGUCUACCUAACUACAUCGGUCGGUCCCCUAACUGUCGCCCUGAAUGUACCAUAAACGCCGAAUGUUCCAGUAACUUGGCUUGUAUCAAUGAAAGAUGUCGAGAUCCUUGUCCGGGUUCGUGCGGAGUUCUAAGUACUUGCAUCGUUGUUAAACACUCACCAGUGUGUCAAUGCGAAGUUGGCUACACUGGUGAUCCUUUUGCUGGGUGCUCCCCUAUUCCACAAAUCGCCCCCGAACCUGUGAACCCAUGCAACCCAUCACCUUGUGGCGCGAAUGCUGUUUGUAAGGAACGAAACGGAGCAGGAUCUUGUACUUGUUUACCGGAGUAUUUUGGCGAUCCUUACUCCGGUUGUAGGCCCGAAUGCGUUAUAAACACCGAUUGUCCGCGAGAUAAAGCUUGUAUUAAUAAUAAAUGUAAAAAUCCUUGUCCGGGAACAUGCGGGUUGAACGCUGAGUGUAUCGUGGCAAAUCAUGCCCCAUCUUGCUCCUGUCUAGUCGGCUAUACUGGGAAUCCAGCUGUUGCUUGCCACCUGCCUCAACCUAUUGUGGUUGAGGAACCCAAGACUGAGCCUUGCCAACCAUCACCUUGCGGUCCUUACAGCCAAUGUCGGGUCGUAAAUGGACAUGCGGUGUGUUCGUGUCAAGCUAAUUACAUUGGAUCACCUCCAAUGUGCAAACCCGAAUGCAUGAUUUCGGCCGAUUGCCCCUUAGACAAGGCUUGUAUUAACACCAAAUGUCAAGAUCCCUGUCCUGGCACUUGUGGUCUUAACGCCAGAUGCCAAAUUGUUAAUCAUAAUCCAAUUUGUAGUUGUCCUGCUGGUUUUUCGGGAGAUCCUUUCGUACGAUGUUUACAAGAACCUGUAGCAAAACCAGCUCCACCUGAAAACCCAUGUACUCCCUCACCUUGCGGUCCUAACUCUCAAUGUAGAGUACUCGGUAAUACACCGGCUUGUUCUUGCCUUCAAAAUUACAUCGGGAGACCACCGAAUUGUCGCCCCGAGUGUACAAUCAACUCAGAGUGUCCUGGUAAUAGGGCAUGUCAAAACGAACGGUGUGUUGACCCGUGUCCCGGGUCUUGUGGGGCUUUUGCCGAUUGUGUUGUUAUCACUCAUAGAUCGGUUUGUUCGUGCAAAGUGGGAUACACUGGUGAUCCUUUUGCGGGAUGUAACCUCAUUCCUAUCAUCCAACCUGUCGAAGAACCACGAAAUCCAUGCAACCCAUCUCCUUGUGGCGCUAAUGCCAUUUGCAAAGAACGAAACAAUGUCGGAUCUUGUAUUUGCUUACCGGAAUAUUUCGGAGAUCCUUACACCGGGUGUAGACCCGAAUGUGUGACAAAUUCGGACUGUCCACGUGAUAAAGCUUGCACAAAUAAUAAAUGUAGAGACCCUUGUCCUGGCAUUUGUGGCCUUAAUGCCGAAUGUAGGGUCAAUAAUCAUGCUCCUUCGUGUUUAUGCCUUCCUGGCUACACCGGAAAUCCGCAAACUUCGUGCCAUCUACCCCCUCCUAAAUUUGAGGAACCUAAAGGCAAUCCUUGCGUUCCGUCACCUUGUGGACCUUACAGUAAUUGUAAAGUAAUAAAUGAUCAUGCUGUAUGUUCCUGUCAGCCGAAUUAUAUCGGGGCACCGCCAUCUUGCAAACCUGAAUGUAUGGUUAGUGCUGACUGUGCUCAAAAUCGGGCUUGUAUCAAUACCAAAUGCCAAGAUCCUUGCCCUGGCACUUGUGGCAUUAAUGCCAGAUGUCAGAUCGUGAACCAUAAUCCAAUUUGUAGUUGCCCUGAAAAUUAUGUUGGUGAUCCUUUUGUCCGCUGUGUACUGCAACCAAAACCAACUGUUCCUGAACCCACCGGCAACCCUUGUGUUCCCUCCCCUUGUGGAUUGAAUUCCCAAUGUAGGGUUGUCGGAACUCAAGCUGCAUGUUCUUGUUUACCUGAUUAUAUCAGCCGGCCCCCUAAUUGCCGCCCUGAAUGUACUAUCAAUGCUGAAUGCCCGGGAAAUCUUGCAUGUCAGAAUGAGAAAUGUAAAGACCCUUGUCCUGGCUCUUGUGGAUCUAGCACGACUUGUACUGUAGUCAAACAUUCUCCUAUCUGUGUCUGUGUUUCUGGAUAUACUGGUGAUCCGUUUACUGGGUGUUCUCCUCUUCCACCUCCAACACCUGUCACUGAACGACCUCCAAAUCCUUGUGACCCGUCACCUUGUGGCGCUAAUGCCAUUUGUAAAGAACGAAACGGUGCUGGGUCUUGUACUUGCUUACCGGAAUAUUUCGGAGAUCCUUACUCCGGUUGUAGGCCAGAAUGUGUCACAAACUCGGAUUGUGACCGAAGCAGAGCUUGUGUCAAUAAUAAAUGCGUUGAUCCCUGCCCUGGCACGUGUGGAAUUAACGCCGAAUGUCGGGUUAUCAAUCACGCACCGUCUUGUAGUUGUAUUCCGGGUUAUACGGGAGAGCCCCUCAGAGUUUGCAAUUUAAUCCAACCUAUUGAAGAAGAACCGCCUCAAAACCCAUGCCAGCCUAGCCCUUGUGGUCCUUACAGCCAAUGUCGCGAAGUAAACAAUCACGCGGUUUGCUCUUGCCAACCGAACUAUAUAGGGACGCCCCCCAUGUGCCGGCCCGAAUGUAUAGUCAGUUCAGAAUGUUCACAAGAUAAAGCUUGCUCGAACCAAAAAUGCGUAAAUCCUUGCCGGUCAGAAGCCACGCCGUGUGGUCUUAACGCAGAUUGUCGUGUAAUCAACCACAAUCCUAUUUGCAGUUGCAUACCCGGUUUUACUGGAGACCCUUUCACUCGUUGCUCUCGCAUUGAAUUACCUCCGCCUCAAAGGAAUGACACAAACCCUUGUAUACCUUCACCAUGUGGACCAAAUUCUCAAUGUAGAGUUGUCGGUACCCAACCCGCAUGCUCUUGUUUACAAAACUAUGUCGGGCGGCCACCAAGUUGCCGACCUGAGUGUAUUAACGACUCUGAAUGUCCCAAUUACAAAGCAUGCAAAAAUGAAAAAUGUGUUGAUCCUUGCCCGGGUACUUGUGGUACCAACGCACAAUGUACUGUUGUUAAUCAUAGCCCAGUCUGUUCUUGCUUCCCGGGGUAUACUGGUGAUCCUUUCUCUUCUUGUAUAUUGCCACCUCCACCAUCCACUGAACGAACACCACCUGCAACUCCAUGUUUCCCAUCACCAUGUGGUCCAAAUGCCGAAUGCCGUGAGAAAAACGGAGCUGGUGCUUGUCUCUGUCUACCAGGAUAUCAAGGAGACCCCUAUGAUAGUAACAGAGGAUGUCGACGAGAGUGCGAAGUCAAUACUGACUGUGCCCCAGCUCUGGCUUGUGUCGCCUACAAAUGUGUUGAUCCUUGUCCUGGUACUUGUGGUACCUUCGCCGAAUGUCGUGUAAACAAUCAUGUACCAACCUGCAAUUGCCCAGCCGGAUUUACGGGAGAUCCAUUUUUCCAAUGCAAGGAAAUACCACCAGAGCCGCCACGAAAACAAGAAAAUCCAUGCAACCCGUCACCUUGUGGUCCUAAUAGCCAGUGUAGAAACUUUAAUGACCAAGCUGUAUGUUCGUGUUUGCCAAACUUCAUUGGUACACCCCCCAACUGCCGGCCAGAGUGUAUCGUCAGUUCGGAAUGUUCCUCAGACAAGGCUUGCAUCAAUCAGAAAUGUGGUGAUCCUUGUCCUAACACCUGUGGACUUGGGGCUCAAUGCAGUACUAGGAAUCAUAGCCCGAUUUGUGCCUGUCCUCCAGGAUUUACGGGAGAUCCGUUCACUAAAUGCUCCCCACAAGUCGUGGUUCCUGAACCAACAACCGAGCGACCUCCAUCAUGCGUUCCUUCGCCAUGUGGACCUAACUCCCAGUGCCAGAUCAGUGGAGGUGUCCCAUCUUGUUCUUGUCUGCCCAAUUACAUCGGGGCUCCCCCUAACUGUCGUCCAGAAUGUACAAUUAGCUCGGAAUGUGGCAGUCCUCUUGCUUGCAUCAACCAGAAAUGUCGCGACCCUUGCCCGGGUUCUUGUGGUUCCAGUGCAAAAUGCCACGUUUUGAACCACAUCCCUGUUUGUACUUGCGAAGAUGGCUAUACUGGCAACCCCUUCGUCCAGUGUACUCCUAUACCAUCAGUAACCGAAUCACCGGUACCUCGAAACCCAUGCAACCCAUCACCGUGUGGUCCCAACGCCCAAUGUAAUAACGGUAUAUGUACAUGUCUCCCGGAAUUCAUCGGAAAUCCAUACGAGGCUUGCCGACCCGAAUGCGUGAUCAGUAGUGAAUGUAGCAGAGAUAAGGCUUGUAUCAGGAACAAGUGUGUUGAUCCUUGCCCUGGAACAUGUGGUACCAAUGCAAGAUGUGAUGUUAUUAAUCACAUUCCAACAUGUUCGUGCCCUGAUGGCUACACUGGAGAUCCAUUUACGAAUUGUCGGGUAUCUGAACCAAGACUACCAGUUCCUACGAACCCAUGCAACCCAUCACCUUGUGGCCCUAACAGCCAGUGUAAAAACAUCAACGACCAUACUGUAUGCUCGUGUCUUCAAGGCUACGUGGGAGCACCACCGUCAUGUCGACCUGAGUGUGUUGUCAGUGCUGAAUGUGCCCUAACGAAGGCUUGUGUCAACGCGAAAUGUGUUGAUCCUUGUCCUGGAUCAUGCGGAUUGUCUGCUCGGUGUGAAGUUAUCAAUCAUAGCCCAAUCUGCAGUUGCCCUGAGGGUCAAACUGGUGAUCCUUUCCAAAGUUGCCGACUUAUCCCACCUCCACCUUCAACUCCCGCACCUGUUCCAACCGAUCCUUGCGUACCAUCCCCUUGCGGACCGAACUCAAUCUGUCGCCGAGUCGGAGAUACUCCAUCUUGCAGUUGUGCCCCUGAUUACACCGGAAGUCCACCAAACUGUCGCCCAGAAUGUGUGAUUAACCCCGACUGUCCAAGCAAUUUAGCUUGUAUUAACAAUAAAUGUAAAGACCCAUGUCCUGGCAGUUGUGGAAUUAAUACUGAAUGUCGAGUGAUAAGUCACGCUGUUUCGUGCUCGUGCUCUCCCGGAUUUGUGGGCAAUCCGUUCGUCCAAUGUACAGUACAAGAAAUGGAACCGGUCAAUCCUUGUGAACCAUCACCGUGUGGUUCGAACGCGGUUUGUAUGGAAAGGAAUGGAGUGGGUUCAUGCAGGUGUAUAGAUGAUUAUCAAGGAAAUCCCUACGAAGGGUGCCGACCAGAAUGCGUCUUAAGUUCAGAUUGUCCGACUAACAAAGCUUGCAUCAGGAAUAAAUGUGGUGAUCCUUGCCCUGGAAUUUGUGGACAGAAUGCCGAAUGCUCUGUCAUUAAUCACGUGCCAACUUGUACUUGCAUUGGAGACUAUAUUGGAGAUCCUUUCACCGGUUGCACACCUCCACCACGUAAGAAACAUCUUGAAACUUUAAUUGUAAUAAAACCUAAUCACAUUUUUUCAGCGGUCACUGAACCAACUGUCUACGUCGACCCCUGCAACCCCAGCCCUUGUGGCCCUUAUAGUCAAUGUCGCAACGUUAAUGACCAAGCCGUCUGUUCCUGUUUACCUGAAUACAUAGGAUCUCCCCCUAACUGCAAACCCGAAUGCGUGGUCAGUUCCGAGUGUCCUCAAAAUCGUGCGUGCCAUAAAUUCAAAUGUGCCAAUCCUUGUACCGGCACUUGCGGAGUCGGUGCUCGAUGCGAAGUCAUCAACCAUAACCCCAUCUGUAGCUGCCCAUCGGGUCUAACGGGUGAUCCAUUUUUGAGAUGUUACGAAUUACCACCACCGCCACCGCAACCAACACCCAAACCGGUCAAUCCAUGUCAACCAUCACCUUGUGGACCAAACUCCGUGUGUAGAGCUGUCGGAGACCAACCCUCAUGCUCGUGUCUUCCGAAUUACACCGGAGCGCCACCUAGUUGCAGACCUGAAUGUGUUGUCAAUACUGACUGUCCAUCAAACUUGGCGUGUAUUACGGAGAAGUGUAGAGAUCCUUGUCCUGGGUCUUGUGGUUUCAAUGCGGAAUGUCGGGUUCAAAACCACAUACCCAUUUGUAGCUGCAUUGCUGGAAUGGUAGGCGACCCCUUCACACAGUGCAAGCCUGAAGUUAAGCCAGAGAUACCAAAAGUACCAACUGACCCAUGUAACCCAUCACCUUGUGGAGCCAAUACGCAAUGUAGAGAUGGUAUUUGCUCUUGUCUCCCAGAAUAUUUCGGAGAUCCGUACAGAGGCUGUAGACCGGAAUGUACCAUGAACACUGACUGCUCCCCCAACAAAGCUUGCGUCAAUCACAAAUGUAUAGACCCAUGUCCUGGUACUUGUGGCCAAGACGCUGUUUGCGACGUCGUCAACCACAUCCCAACCUGUACUUGUCCUCCCGGCUACGAAGGCGACCCAUUCACCAGUUGUAGACCAAUCAAAAACGAACCACCGCGCGACCCAUGCAACCCAUCACCCUGUGGCCCCAAUAGUCUCUGCCGGGUCAACAACGGAGUCGCGGUUUGCUCCUGCCAACCCGGCCUCAUUGGCUCACCCCCGAGUUGCCGACCUGAAUGCAUCGUCAGUGCCGAAUGCCCCCUUACCAAAGCUUGUCUCAAUAACAAAUGCGUAGACCCUUGUCCUGGCACGUGUGGAAUCAACGCUAAAUGCCAAGUGGUCAAUCACAACCCGAUUUGUAGCUGUAUUGAAGGCAUGACUGGAGAUCCUUUCACAAGAUGUACUCAAAUCAUUGAACGCAAGCCGGAAAAUCCGUGUGUGCCGAGUCCGUGUGGUCCGAAUUCGAUUUGCCAAGUCCGUGGCGAAAGUCCGGCUUGCUCGUGUCGCGAGAAUUACGUGGGAGUACCGCCGAAUUGUCGACCGGAGUGUACGAUCAACCCGGAAUGUUCCAGUGCUACGGCGUGUAUUAACCAAAAGUGUCGCGAUCCGUGUCCCGGAAGUUGCGGACAAUAUGCCGUGUGUAAUGUGAUCAAUCACAAUCCGGUGUGUAAAUGUAAUCCAGGGUUUGAAGGAGAUCCGUUUGUGGGAUGCGCACCUGUCGUCGCACCAGUUCAAAUUCCCACUGAAGUUUUGACCCCCUGUUCGCCGUCUCCAUGCGGUGCUAAUGCGAUUUGUAAAGAACGGAAUGGCGCAGGUUCUUGUGUCUGUGCUGCGGAGUAUAUUGGAAACCCUUACGAGGGUUGUAGGCCGGAAUGUGUUCACAAUUCGGAUUGUUCCCCUAAUAAAGCGUGUACAAGGAAUAAGUGUAUUGAUCCUUGCCCAGGCACGUGUGGGCAAAAUGCCCAAUGCCAGGUUAUCAAUCAUGCACCUUCUUGUACUUGUAUUCCUGGAUAUACCGGUGAUCCUUUCAGAUUUUGUAACUUGCCACCAGAACCUCAGAGAGAUGUUAUCCCCACAAAUCCGUGCCAACCUAGCCCCUGUGGCCCCAAUAGCCAAUGUCGAGAAGUUAACGGCCAAGCAGUUUGUUCGUGUUUGCCCAAUUAUAUCGGAAGUCCCCCUGCAUGUAGACCAGAGUGUGUGGUCAGCUCAGAAUGUGCCUCUAAUAAGGCUUGUAUCAAUCAAAAAUGUGCAGACCCUUGUCCUGGCACUUGCGGAUUGUCUACUAAUUGUCAAGUGAUCAAUCAUAGCCCAAUUUGUAGUUGCCUACCCGCAUAUACGGGCGAUCCUUUCUCUCGUUGUUACCCAAUUCCACCACCUCCGGUCGAAAUCAAACCAUUACCACCAGCAAACCCCUGUUUACCGUCCCCAUGUGGUCCAAACUCGCAAUGUCGCGACAUCGGAGGCUCCCCCUCUUGCUCCUGUUUACCUGAAUUUACCGGAAGUCCACCAAAUUGUCGGCCCGAAUGUGUCCAAAAUCACGAAUGCCCAAGUAAUCAAGCUUGUAUUCGUAACAAGUGUAAAGACCCCUGUCCUGGAUUAUGCGGAGUUGCAGCUGAAUGUCGCGUACUUAACCACGUUGCAAUUUGUGUUUGUCCUGAAGGUUUCACAGGAGACCCUUUCAAUAAUUGUUUCCCUAAACCACAAGAAGUUGAACCCGUUAUAGAGAAAAAUCCUUGUAAUCCUUCUCCAUGUGGAUCAAAUGCUCAAUGUAAUAAUGGAAUAUGUACUUGCCUCCCGGAGUAUCAGGGUGACCCCUACAGGGGUUGUAGACCCGAAUGUGUCCUUAGUGAUGAUUGCCCACGAGACAAAGCUUGUCGUAGGAAUAAAUGUAUAGACCCUUGUCCAGGAACAUGUGGGCAAGGAGCAGUCUGUAUUGUCACAAAUCACAUUCCUAUGUGCAGUUGUCCCCCUGGUUAUACUGGAAAUGCAUUCGUAUACUGCAGCAUUUUAGAAAGUUUGUAACCAAACAGCCUAUUUUGGUUUUGUUCUCAUUUGUUUAUUUUAGCACCUCCAAAACGAAACCCUUGCAACCCUUCACCUUGUGGCCCUAAUAGCCAAUGUCGCCAAAUAAACGGACAAGCUGUAUGUUCGUGUGUGCCAGGUUUUAUCGGAAGUCCCCCAUCUUGUAGACCUGAAUGUAUUACAAGUUCAGAAUGUCCUUUAACCCAAGCUUGUAUCAAUCAAAAAUGUGUCGAUCCUUGCCCUGGAACAUGCGGUUUGAAUGCUAAAUGCCAGGUUGUUAAUCACAACCCAAUUUGUAGUUGCCCUCCUGACUACACCGGAGAUCCCUUCACUCGGUGCUCACCCAAACCACAAGAAGAGCCCCCUCAAAUACCGACAAAUCCCUGUCAACCGUCACCCUGUGGCCCCAACUCUCAAUGCAAACCAGUUGGAGAAUCUCCUUCUUGCUCUUGUCUCCCAGAAUUCGUCGGUUCACCCCCUAACUGUCGCCCUGAAUGUGUUACAAACAGUGAAUGUGCCCUAAGUCUGGCUUGUAUCAACCGAAAAUGUGCAGAUCCUUGUCGUGGUACUUGCGGAGCUAAUGCAGAAUGUCGAGUAGUAAACCACGCACCAAAUUGUGCUUGUUUACCUGGAUUUGAAGGUGAUCCUUUUGUACAAUGUAUCCAAAGACCACCACCCCCACCCGAACCUGCAAACCCAUGUGUACCAUCACCUUGUGGUUCCAAUGCGGUUUGUAAAGAGAGAAAUGGGGCUGGAUCAUGUGUUUGUCUACCUGAAUAUAUAGGAAACCCUUACGAAGGGUGUAGGCCUGAAUGUGUUUUAAGUUCAGAUUGUCCCCUAAAUAAGGCUUGUGUUCGGAAUAAGUGUGUUGAUCCGUGUCCAGGGACAUGUGGGCAAAAUGCCCAAUGUCAAGUUAUCAACCAUGCACCGUCCUGUACUUGUAAUCCAGGCUAUACAGGUGAUCCCUUCAGAUAUUGCAAUCUACCGCCAGAACCUGUGAGAGAUGAAACUCCUAAAAAUCCGUGCCAACCUAGUCCCUGUGGCCCUAACAGCCAAUGUCGCGAAGUAAACGGACAAGCAGUUUGCUCGUGUUUGCCCAGUUAUAUUGGUAGUCCACCAAGUUGUCGCCCCGAGUGCAUGGUCAGCUCAGAAUGUGCCCUAAAUAAAGCCUGUAUUAAUAAAAAAUGUGCCGAUCCUUGCCCUGGCACUUGUGGCCUAAAUGCCAAUUGUCAAGUCAUCAAUCAUAGCCCAAUUUGUAGCUGUCGGGCAGGCUUCACAGGCGAUCCUUUCACCCGAUGUUUGCCAAUACCACCACCUCCAGUUGAAACACCUAAACCAGUUAUAAUCAAUCCGUGUGUCCCUAGCCCAUGCGGGCCCAACUCCCAAUGUCGUGAAGUAGGUAGUUCACCUUCAUGUUCUUGUUUACCCACAUUUAUCGGAUCUCCGCCAAACUGUCGACCGGAAUGUACCAUAAACUCAGAAUGUGCAAGUAAUCUGGCUUGCAUUAAUAGUAAAUGUAGAGAUCCUUGCCCAGGAUCGUGUGGAACUGGGGCUCAAUGUAAUGUCAUCAAUCACACUCCGAUUUGCACUUGUCUUGAAGGAUACACGGGUGACCCCUUCACACAUUGUCAACCAAAACCACAAGAAGUGGAACCGGUCAAAACAGAUCCUUGCAAUCCGUCACCUUGUGGCUCAAAUGCUCAAUGCGAUAAUGGAAUUUGUACGUGUUUACCAGAAUAUCAGGGAGAUCCGUAUAGAGGUUGCCGUCCUGAAUGUGUUUUAAACAGUGAUUGUCCGAGAAAUAGGGCAUGUUUGAGAAAUAAAUGUCAGGAUCCUUGUCCUGGCACUUGUGGUCAAAAUGCCGAAUGUUCGGUUGUUAAUCACAUCCCGAUUUGUACUUGUAUUCAAGGAUAUAUCGGGAAUGCCUUCAUAACAUGUUCACCUAUUCCAGCCGAAAGGCCCAAAAAUCCAUGCAACCCGUCGCCCUGUGGCCCCAAUAGUCAAUGCAGAGAAAUAAACGGCCAAGCGGUCUGUUCUUGUGUCCCCGGUUAUAUUGGGAGUACCCCAACUUGUCGCCCUGAAUGUGUCACAAGCUCGGAAUGUCCCUUAAACGAAGCUUGUGUUAAUCAGAAAUGUAUCAAUCCUUGUCCUGGAACAUGCGGUUUGAAUGCCAAAUGCCAGGUUGUGAAUCACAAUCCGAUUUGUAGCUGUCCUCCUGAUUAUACUGGUGAUCCCUUCGUUAGAUGUUUACCAAAACCGCAAGAAGAACCCGUGAUUGUAAAUCCGUGUCAACCAUCACCUUGUGGUCCCAAUUCACAAUGCAAAGAAAUAAACGAUUCACCGUCUUGCUCAUGUUUACCCGAAUUUAUCGGAUCGCCACCUAAUUGUCGACCAGAAUGUGUCAGUAAUAGCGAAUGUGCAAGUCAUUUAGCUUGUAUUAAUCGAAAAUGUGUUGAUCCUUGUCCUGGUACUUGUGGCCAAAAUGCCGAAUGUCGGGUCAUAAGUCACACACCGAACUGUAUUUGCAUUCCGGGUUAUAACGGAGAUCCUUUUACUCAAUGUACAGUACCAGUAGCCCCAGCUCAGGAAAUUCUAACUCCUUGUAACCCAUCACCGUGUGGUAUCAACGCUCAAUGUAAAGAACGAAAUGGUGCUGGGUCUUGUGUUUGCAAUCCUGAAUACAUUGGAAACCCCUAUGAGGGUUGCAGACCGGAGUGUACCCUCAAUUCCGACUGUCCCUCUAAUAAAGCUUGCAUACGAAAUAAAUGUCAAGAUCCAUGCCCUGGAACGUGUGGCCAAAAUGCAAAUUGUCAAGUUGUCAAUCAUUUACCCUCUUGUACUUGCAUUCCUGGCUACACAGGUGAUCCUUUCAGAUAUUGUAACCUACCACCAGAACCCUUGAAAGAUGACAUACCUAUAAAUCCAUGCCAACCUAGCCCAUGUGGCCCUAAUAGUCAAUGUCGCGAAGUCAACAAUCAAGCAGUUUGCUCGUGUUUACCUAAUUAUGUUGGAAGUCCACCUGGUUGUAGACCAGAAUGUGUGGUUAGUUCAGAAUGUCCCAAAAACAAGGCCUGUCUUAACCAGAAAUGUGUCGACCCUUGCCCUGGCACAUGUGGUGUUAAUACAAACUGCCAGGUUAUCAACCACAGUCCGAUUUGUAGCUGUACACCUGGAAACACAGGAGAUCCAUUCACAAGAUGUUACCCUCUACCACCCCCACCACCUGAACCAGUAAAACCCAUAGUGACAAAUCCUUGUGUACCAUCACCCUGUGGUCCUAACAGUCAAUGCCGUGAUAGUGGAGGCUCUCCCUCUUGUUCCUGUUUACCUAACUUUGUAGGAUCACCGCCAAAUUGUCGACCUGAAUGUACAAUAAAUUCAGAAUGUGCAAGCAACUUGGCUUGUAUUAAUACGAAAUGUAGGGAUCCUUGUCCUGGAUCGUGUGGUUCCGGUGCCCAAUGCAAUGUCAUCAACCAUACUCCUAUUUGUACUUGCCCUGAAGGCUACACUGGUGACCCAUUCAGUUAUUGUCAACCUAAACCACAAGAAGUAGAACCGAUUAAGACCGACCCUUGUAACCCAUCACCUUGUGGACCUAAUACUCAGUGUAACAACGGAGUUUGUACUUGUUUACCUGAAUAUCAAGGUGAUCCAUACAGAGGAUGUAGACCCGAAUGCGUUCUCAAUACUGACUGUCCAAGAAACAAGGCUUGUAUCAGAAACAAAUGUGUUGACCCUUGCCCUGGAACAUGUGGCCAAAACGCUGAAUGUGCUGUCAAUAACCAUAUUCCAACAUGUACUUGCAUCCAAGGUUACAUCGGCAAUGCUUUUAUUUUAUGUAGCAAAAUACCAGAGAAGAUUCCCCAAAAUCCAUGCAACCCCUCGCCCUGUGGUUCCAAUAGCCAAUGUAGAGAGAUAAACGGACAAGCGGUUUGUUCUUGUGUUCCCGGUUAUAUUGGAACUCCACCAGCUUGUCGGCCUGAGUGCGUUACAAGUUCUGAAUGUCUUUUAAACCAAGCUUGUGUCAACCAAAAAUGUAUCGACCCGUGCCCUGGCACGUGUGGUGUCAAUGCCAAAUGCCAGGUUGUAAAUCAUAAUCCGAUCUGCAGCUGUCCUCCGAGAUAUACAGGAGAUCCAUUUGUCAGAUGUCUUUCAAUUCCUGAAGAUGUACCACUUCCUCUUCCUAUAAACCCAUGUCAACCUUCCCCUUGCGGUCCCAACUCCCAAUGUAAAGUUUUAGGAGAAUCUCCUUCCUGUUCUUGCCUUCCAGAGUUUCAAGGAUCACCACCUAAUUGCCGGCCUGAAUGUAUCAGUAACAGCGAAUGUAGUAAUAAUUUGGCUUGUAUCAACCAAAAAUGUAAAGAUCCCUGUCCGGGCACGUGUGGUGCUAAUGCUGAAUGCCGAGUUAUUAGUCAUACUCCCAACUGUAUUUGCCCAUCUGACUACAUUGGGGAUCCUUUCACUCAGUGUACUCCCAGACCACCUGUUGUUCCUGUCGAACAUUUGUCACCCUGUUCGCCCUCUCCAUGUGGACCAAAUGCACAAUGUCGAGAGCAAAACGGUGCUGGUGCUUGUGUUUGUUUACCUGAUUACAUCGGAAACCCCUACGAGGGUUGUAGACCGGAAUGUGUCCUCAAUUCUGAUUGUCCAUACAAUAAAGCUUGCAUCAAAAAUAAAUGUCAAGAUCCUUGUCCUGGAACGUGUGGGCAAAACGCCCAAUGCCAGGUUGUAAAUCACUUACCGUCAUGUACUUGCAAUCCUGGAUAUACGGGAGACCCAUUUAGAUAUUGUUCUUUACCACCACCUGAACCUGUGAGAGACGAACCAACAAAUCCGUGCCAACCUAGUCCUUGUGGUCCUAAUAGUCAAUGUCGGGAAGUUAACGGCCAAGCAGUUUGUUCGUGUUUGCCAAAUUAUGUCGGAAGUCCACCGGGUUGUCGCCCUGAAUGUGUAGUUAGUUCCGAAUGUGCCUUAAAUAGGGCUUGUUCAAACCAGAAAUGUGUUGAUCCUUGCCCUGGAACAUGUGGUCUCAAUGCCAAUUGCCAAGUUAUCAAUCAUAGUCCAAUUUGUAGUUGCCAGAGUGGCUUUACCGGCGAUCCUUUCAGUCGGUGCUACCCCAUACCCCCACCACCUCCGACCCCCGUCACCCCGGUUGUAACAAACCCCUGCGAACCGUCACCCUGUGGUCCUAAUAGCCAAUGCCGAAAUAUCAACGGAAAUCCGUCUUGUUCGUGUCUCCCUAAUUACAUAGGAAGCCCUCCAAAUUGCCGACCUGAGUGUACUAUAAAUUCAGAAUGUGCGAGUAAUUUGGCUUGCAUUAGAGAGAAAUGUAGAGACCCUUGUCCCGGUUCAUGUGGAUCUGGGGCUGUAUGUAACGUUAUAAACCACACACCGACUUGUACUUGCCCAGAAGGAUACACCGGAGAUCCAUUUACCUUCUGUCAACCCAAACCCCCACAACCCACAAAACCAGUCGAAGAUGACCCAUGCAACCCAUCGCCUUGCGGUUCCAACGCUCAAUGUAAUAAUGGAAUUUGUACAUGUUUGCCUGAAUAUCAAGGAGACCCCUAUAGAGGUUGUCGACCCGAAUGUAUACAAAGUUCAGAUUGUGCAAGAGACAAAGCUUGCAUUAACAAAAAGUGUGUUGAUCCUUGUCCUGGUACUUGUGGUCAAAAUGCCGAAUGCUCAAUUAUGAACCAUAUUCCAAUUUGUACUUGCAUUCAAGGCUACACCGGCAAUGCUUUUGUUUUGUGUAACCGAAUUCCAGAACCAGUGCCCAAAAACCCGUGCAACCCCUCACCCUGUGGUCCUAAUAGCCAAUGUAGGGAAGUAAAUGGACAAGCUGUGUGUUCUUGUGUCCCCGGAUAUAUCGGUAGUCCACCGACAUGUCGCCCCGAAUGCGUUACAAGCGCCGAAUGUUCCCUCAAUCAGGCUUGUGUCAAUCAAAAAUGUAUAGAUCCUUGCCCUGGUACUUGUGGAGUUGGUGCUAGAUGCCAAGUGGUUAACCACAAUCCGAUUUGUACUUGUCCUCAGCAAUUCACAGGUGAUCCUUUCAUCAGAUGUCUGCCAAUUCCCCCCGAACCUGUCGAGGCACCAUCAAACCCAUGCCAACCUUCCCCUUGCGGUCCAAACUCACAAUGCAAAGACGUAAACGGGGGACCGUCUUGUUCUUGCCUCCCUGAAUUUGUAGGGUCACCACCUAACUGCAAACCCGAGUGUGUCAGCAACAGUGAAUGUCCAAAUAAUUUGGCCUGUAUUAAUCAGAAGUGUAAAGAUCCUUGUCCUGGUACUUGUGGCCAAAAUGCCGAAUGCAGAGUUAUCAGUCACACACCGAACUGUGUUUGUCUGCCUGGAUUUACCGGAAAUCCGUUUACGCAAUGCCAGUUGCCACCUCCGGUUCAAGAAGAUGUAACACCGUGUUCACCAUCUCCAUGCGGAGCAAAUGCACAAUGUCGCGAACAGAACAAAGCUGGUUCAUGUACCUGUUUACCGGAUUACAUUGGGAAUCCUUACGAAGGGUGUAGGCCGGAAUGUGUCCUCAAUUCAGAUUGUCCCUCAAACCAAGCUUGUGUUAAUAACAAAUGUAAAGAUCCGUGUCCUGGAACGUGUGGACCUAAUGCCAAUUGUCAGGUUGUUAAUCAUGUUCCUUCCUGUACUUGCAUUCCGGGAUACACCGGAGAUCCAUUUAGAUAUUGUAAUCCUAUUCCUGCCCAACCGGUUUUGGAAGAACCAACAAAUCCUUGCCAACCGUCACCUUGUGGACCUAAUAGUCAAUGCCGCGAAGUAAACAACCAAGCUGUUUGUUCCUGUUUACCGAAUUAUGUGGGCAGUCCACCCGGAUGUCGCCCUGAAUGCGUAGUCAGUACCGAAUGCCAAUUAACUAAGGCUUGCAUAAACCAAAAAUGUGCCGACCCUUGCCCUGGCACUUGUGGUUUAAAUGCCAAAUGCCAAGUUAUCAACCAUAGCCCAAUUUGUAGCUGUCAGUCGGGCUACACCGGUGAUCCAUUCACUCGUUGUUUCCCAAUACCACCACCCCCACCUGUGCAACCACCACAAAUCGUUGUAAACCCUUGUGUACCAUCUCCUUGUGGUCCUAAUAGCGAAUGUAGAGACAUACGAGGAACACCAUCUUGUUCGUGCUUACCCACCUUCAUCGGAAGCCCACCCAAUUGUCGCCCAGAAUGUACCAUAAACUCGGAAUGUUCCAGUAAUUUGGCCUGCAUUAAUAGUAAAUGUAGGGAUCCAUGUCCAGGAUCGUGUGGCACAAGUGCCCAAUGUAGCGUCAUCAACCAUACUCCUAUCUGUACUUGUCCUGAUGGCUACACCGGAGACCCCUUCAGUUAUUGUACUCCUAAACCUUCCCCACCAAAAGAACCAGUAGUUACAGACCCAUGCAACCCAUCACCGUGUGGUGCAAAUGCUCAGUGUAACAAUGGUGUUUGUAGUUGUCUUCCAGAGUAUCAAGGAGACCCCUACCGGGGCUGUAGACCUGAAUGUGUCCUUAAUUCGGAUUGUUCAAGAGACAAAGCUUGCGUUAGGAAUAAAUGUGUGGACCCUUGUCCUGGGACAUGUGGGCAAAACGCUGAGUGCAAUAUUUACAACCAUAUUCCCAUCUGUACUUGCUUACAAGGAUACACAGGAAAUGCUUUUGUUCUAUGUAGUCAAAUGGUAACUCCGCCACCUCAAAACCCAUGUAGUCCAUCGCCUUGUGGUCCUAACAGUCAAUGUAGAGAGAUUAAUGGACAAGCGGUCUGUUCGUGUAUCCCUGGUUAUAUCGGAAGUCCCCCAACUUGUCGACCGGAAUGUGUCACAAGCUCAGAAUGUGCACUAAAUCAAGCUUGUGUUAACCAGAAAUGUAUAGACCCAUGUCCUGGUACAUGUGGUUUGGGUGCCAAAUGCCAAGUUGUCAACCAUAAUCCAAUUUGUAGUUGUCCUCCGCGAUACACCGGUGAUCCUUUCGUCCGUUGCAACUUAAUUCCACUUGAAGAACCCCCAACACCUACAAAUCCGUGUCAGCCUAGUCCUUGCGGUCCCAAUUCGCAGUGCAAGGAAAUAAACAACUCACCGUCAUGUUCUUGCCUCCCUGAAUUUAUCGGAAGUCCGCCGAAUUGUAGGCCAGAAUGCUCAAGUAACAGCGAAUGUGCUAAUCACUUGGCGUGUAUCAACAACAAAUGUAAAGACCCAUGUCCUGGAAUUUGUGGUUCAAAUUCCGAAUGUAGAGUUAUAAGUCAUACACCUAACUGUGUUUGUUUGCCGGGCUACACUGGCGAUCCGUUCGUCCAAUGCAAUCCUUACCAACCCCCACAACCCGUUUCAAUUGUUUCACCAUGUACUCCAUCACCUUGUGGGGCUAAUGCCCAAUGUAGAGUCCAAAACACAGCCGGUGCUUGUAUUUGUCUUCCUGAAUACAUUGGAAACCCGUAUGAAGGAUGUAGACCAGAAUGUGUACUUAGUUCGGAUUGUCCCUCAAACAAAGCUUGCAUUAGAAAUAAAUGUGUGGAUCCUUGUCCUGGUACAUGUGGACAAAAUGCCCAAUGUCAAGUGAUUAAUCAUUCGCCUUCUUGUACUUGCAUUCCCGGUUAUACGGGUGAUCCCUUCAGAUAUUGUAAUUUACCACCACAACCCGUAGAAGAUGAAACUCCUAAAAAUCCAUGUCAACCAAGCCCUUGUGGUCCUAAUAGCCAAUGUCGCGAAAUUAACGGACAAGCAGUUUGCUCGUGUUUGCCAAAUUACAUCGGAAGUCCUCCUGGUUGUAGACCCGAAUGUGUGGUCAGUUCAGAAUGUCCACAAAACAAAGCUUGUGUUAAUCAGAAAUGUAACGAUCCUUGUCCUGGAACAUGUGGUCUUAACGCAAAAUGUCAAGUGAUCAAUCAUAGUCCAAUCUGUAGUUGUACUCCUGGUUACACUGGUGAUCCAUUUACUCGAUGUUAUCCGAUACCACCGCCACCUCCUGUAGUGGUUGAAGAGCCUGUCCGUGACCCUUGCAUACCAUCACCUUGUGGUGCUAACAGCCAAUGUCGUAACAUCAACGGCUCUCCUUCUUGCUCUUGUUUACCAAACUACGUGGGAAGUCCACCAAACUGCAAACCUGAAUGUACCAUCAACUCGGAGUGUCCAAGUAAUUUGGCUUGUAUUAGAGAGAAAUGUAGGGAUCCUUGCCCUGGAUCAUGUGGUUCCGGUGCCCAAUGCAGUGUCAUCAACCAUACUCCUAUUUGUACUUGCCCUGAAGGCUACACUGGCGAUCCCUUCAGUUAUUGUCAACCCAAACCACAAGAAGUCGAACCGGUUAAAACCGACCCUUGUAACCCAUCGCCUUGUGGACCUAAUGGUCAAUGUAACAACGGAGUUUGUACUUGUUUACCCGAAUAUCAAGGUGAUCCGUAUAGAGGAUGUAGACCUGAGUGUGUCCUAAACAAUGAUUGUCCACGAGAUAAAGCUUGUCUGAGAAACAAAUGUCAAGACCCCUGUCCUGGCACUUGCGGCCAGAAUGCAGAAUGUUCGGUUGUUAACCACAUACCGAUUUGUACUUGUAUUCAAGGUUACAGCGGAAAUGCAUUCGUUUUAUGUAACCCUAUUUCAGGUACUUCAUUAAUUCUUUGAAUUUAGUGGUUCUAAAACAAAUUUUUAGCACCAGUGAUCACAAAUCCAUGCAACCCAUCUCCCUGUGGCCCUAAUAGUCAAUGCAGGGCUGUCAAUGGCCAAUCUGUCUGUUCUUGUGUCCCUGGAUUUAGUCCCCCAACUUGUAGACCAGAAUGUGUUACAAGUGCUGAGUGUGCCCUUAACCGAGCCUGUGUCAACCAGAAAUGUAUUGAUCCUUGCCCUGGCACAUGUGGCUUGAAUGCCAAAUGCCAGAUUGUAAAUCACAAUCCGAUUUGCAGCUGUCCUCCUGAUUAUACUGGUGAUCCCUUCGUUAGAUGUCAACCAAAACCGCAAGAAGAACCAGUGGUUACAAAUCCGUGCCAACCAUCACCUUGUGGCCCCAAUUCACAAUGCAAAGAAAUAAACGGUUCACCUUCUUGCUCUUGUUUACCCGAAUUUAUCGGAUCGCCACCCAAUUGUCGACCAGAGUGUGUCAGUAAUAGCGAAUGUGCAAAUCAUUUAGCUUGUAUCAAUCAAAAAUGUAAAGAUCCUUGUCCUGGAAUUUGUGGCCACAAUGCUGAAUGUCGAGUAGUAAGUCACACACCGAACUGUGUUUGCGUGACUGGUUACGUCGGAAAUCCAUUCGUUCAAUGUUUGCCACCAUUACCUUCUCCACCUCAAGAAGUGAUAACUCCAUGUUCACCUUCUCCCUGUGGUGCCAAUGCACAGUGUAGGGAGCAGAACAAAGCAGGAGCAUGCAUUUGUUUGCCUGAUUUUAUCGGAAAUCCUUAUGAAGGUUGCAGACCCGAAUGUACCCUUAACUCUGACUGCCCUUCCAACAAAGCCUGUGUCAAUCAAAAAUGUAAAGAUCCAUGUCCUGGAACGUGUGGCCAAAAUGCCAAUUGUCAAGUUAUCAAUCAUUUGCCUUCUUGUACUUGCAUUCCUGGUUACACAGGUGAUCCCUUCAGAUAUUGUAACCUACCACCAGAACCUGUUAAAGAUGAAACACCUACAAAUCCAUGCCAACCAAGCCCUUGUGGCCCUAACAGUCAAUGUCGAGAAGUUAACGGACAAGCGGUUUGUUCGUGUUUGCCCAAUUAUGUUGGCAGUCCCCCUGGUUGUCGCCCCGAAUGCGUAGUUAGUUCAGAAUGUGCCCAAAACAAAGCUUGUGUUAAUCAGAAAUGUGUUGACCCUUGUCCUGGCACUUGUGGCCUUAAUGCCAAUUGCCAAGUCAUUAAUCAUAGUCCGAUUUGUAGCUGCCAAGCAGGAUUCACCGGUGAUCCUUUCAGUCGUUGCUUCCCCAUCCCACCACCUCCUCCAAUCCAAGAAAGCGAACCUGUUCGAAACCCUUGCGUACCAUCACCGUGUGGACCUAAUUCGGAAUGUCGUGAUAUUGGAGGAAAUCCCUCUUGUUCGUGUUUGCCAAACUAUAGCGGAAGUCCUCCAAAUUGUCGACCUGAAUGUACCAUAAACUCGGAAUGUCCAAGUAAUUUGGCUUGCAUUAGAGAGAAAUGUAGGGAUCCUUGUCCUGGGUCGUGUGGUUCUGGUGCCCUGUGCAGUGUUAUCAACCAUACUCCCAUUUGUACGUGUCCUGAGGGCUACACUGGUGACCCAUUUAGUUACUGCCAACCCAAACCACAAGAAGUAGAACCGGUUAAAACCGAUCCUUGUAACCCAUCACCUUGUGGUCCCAAUACACAAUGUAACAACGGAGUUUGUACUUGUUUACCUGAAUAUCAAGGUGACCCCUAUAGAGGAUGCAGACCUGAGUGUGUCUUAAACAAUGAUUGUCCAAGAGAUAAAACCUGUAUUAGUAACAAAUGUAAGGAUCCUUGUCCUGGAACGUGUGGACAAAACGCCGAAUGUUCGGUAAUCAAUCACAUUCCAAUAUGUUCAUGCAUCACCGGCUACACUGGAAAUGCAUUCGUGCUUUGCUCCCCUAUUCCCGCACCUAUGGUCACAAAUCCGUGCCAACCAUCGCCCUGUGGCCCCAACAGCCAAUGCAGGGUUGUAAACAACCAAGCAGUUUGUUCUUGCGUCCCUGGUUAUUUGGGUAGUCCCCCCUCAUGUCGACCUGAAUGUGUCACAAGUCCUGAAUGUUCCCUUGACAAGGCUUGUGUUAACCAAAAAUGUAUCAAUCCGUGUCCCGGAACUUGCGGAAUUAACGCUUUGUGUCAAGUAGUCAAUCAUAAUCCGAUCUGUACUUGCCCUCAAGGCCAAACAGGAGACCCGUUCACUCGAUGCACUACAAGUAUGACAAAAAAUUCGCAAAAAAAUUGUGUCUAACACUGGAUUUUAGUUGUCCCUAUCCAAGAAGAACCAACAAACCCGUGCCAACCGUCCCCUUGUGGCCCCAAUUCUCAAUGUAAAGAUAUAAACGGUUCGCCAUCUUGUUCGUGUUUGCCGGAGUUCACCGGGUCGCCCCCUAAUUGCCGCCCGGAAUGCGUCAGUAAUAGCGAGUGCGCAAACCACUUAGCUUGCAUAAAUCAGAAAUGUAAAGAUCCUUGCCCUGGCACUUGUGGCCAAAAUGCUGAAUGUAGGGUCAUAAGUCACACACCGAACUGUGUUUGCUUACCGGGGUACAUCGGUGACCCUUUCUCGCAAUGUACCAUACCAACACCUCCACCCUCUGAAACCAUUUUGCCUUGUUCCCCGUCACCAUGCGGUGCUAAUGCCGUUUGUAAAGAACGCAACGGAGCUGGAUCGUGUACUUGCCUCCCUGAUUAUAUCGGUAACCCUUACGAAGGAUGCAGACCUGAGUGUGUCUUGAACACUGACUGUCCCUCCAACAAAGCCUGUGUAAGAAAUAAAUGUACCGACCCUUGCCCUGGAACGUGUGGCCAAAACGCCCAAUGCACUGUUGUUAACCAUUUACCUCAAUGCACUUGCAUACUGGGAUAUACAGGAGAUCCAUUCCGAUAUUGUAGUGUACCCCCAGAACCCCCCAAACAGGAAGAACCGACAAACCCGUGCCAACCUAGCCCUUGCGGUCCUAAUAGUCAGUGUAGAGAAGUCAAUAACCAAGCAGUUUGUUCAUGUUUGCCCAAUUAUAUUGGAAGUCCACCAAACUGUCGACCUGAAUGCGUAGUCAGUUCGGAAUGUCCGCAAAACAAAGCUUGCGUUAACCAAAAAUGUGCUGAUCCUUGCCCCGGAACAUGCGGUCUUAAUGCUAGAUGUGAAGUGAUCAAUCAUAGCCCGAUUUGUAGUUGUCAGACGGGCUAUACCGGAGAUCCAUUUACCAGAUGUUAUCCUAUACCCCCACCACCGUUAGAACCGGUCCAACCAGUAAUUACCGACCCUUGUGUACCUUCACCCUGUGGCCCUAAUAGUCAAUGUAGAAACAUCGGUGGUAAUCCUUCAUGCUCAUGCCUUCCGGAAUUCACCGGAAGUCCGCCAAACUGUCGCCCCGAAUGUACUAUAAAUUCAGAAUGUCCAAGUAAUUUGGCUUGUAUUAGACAGAAAUGUCGUGAUCCUUGUCCUGGAUCGUGUGGUUCCGGUGCCCAAUGUAGUGUUAUCAACCAUACUCCAACUUGUACUUGCCCAGAAGGCUACACUGGUGACCCAUUCUCUUAUUGCCAUGUUAAACCACAAGAAGUAGAACCGGUUAAAACCGAUCCUUGUAACCCAACACCUUGUGGACCUAAUGCUCAAUGUAACAACGGAGUUUGUACUUGUUUACCUGAAUAUCAAGGUGAUCCAUAUAGAGGAUGUAGACCCGAAUGUGUCCUUAGCAAUGAUUGUCCGCGAGACAAAGCUUGCAUUAGAAAUAAGUGUCAAGAUCCUUGCCCUGGCACUUGUGGCCAGAACGCUGAAUGUACUGUAAUAAACCACAUACCGACCUGCACCUGCAUUCAAGGCUUUUCGGGCAAUGCUUUUGUUUUAUGUUCACCAAUUCCAGCUCCAGCCCCUGUCAACCCAUGUAGCCCUUCGCCAUGCGGUCCUAAUAGCCAAUGUCGCGAAGUAAACGGCCAGGCUGUAUGUUCCUGUGUUCCCGGUUAUAUCGGAAGUCCACCAAUGUGUCGCCCUGAGUGUGUCACCAAUUCCGAAUGUGCCCUAAAUCAAGCAUGUGUCAAUCAAAAAUGUAUUGAUCCUUGCCCUGGAACAUGUGGUCUUGGAGCCCUUUGUCAGGUUGUUAGUCAUAAUCCGAUUUGUAGUUGCCCACCGAGACAUACCGGAGAUCCCUUCACUCGAUGUUCACCCAUCAGGGAAGAGCCACCUGUUGUACCCACAAAUCCGUGCCAACCAUCACCUUGUGGAGCUAAUAGUCAAUGCAGGGACGUUGGCGGAUCUCCAUCGUGUUCUUGUUUACCUGAAUUUAUAGGAACGCCGCCGAAUUGCCGACCUGAAUGUGUUAGUAAUAGUGAAUGUCCAAACCAUUUGGCGUGCAUAAAUCAGAAAUGUAAAGAUCCUUGCCCUGGUACUUGCGGGCAAAACACCGAAUGCCGUGUUGUAAGUCAUGCACCGAAUUGUGUUUGUUUGAGCGGUUUUGUCGGUAAUCCUUUCACGGCGUGUACUCAACAAGUUACUCCACCUGUUGUUGAGCGACCUACACCUUGCUUACCAUCACCAUGCGGUGUUAAUGCUAUUUGUCGUGAACAAAACGGAGCAGGUGCUUGUGUUUGUUUACCAGAACAUGUAGGAAACCCCUACGAAGGCUGUAGACCCGAAUGUGUCCUUAAUUCCGACUGUCCAUCAAACAAAGCUUGUGUCAAUCAAAAGUGUAAAGACCCAUGUCCUGGAACAUGCGGCCAAAAUGCCCAAUGUCAAGUCAUCAAUCAUUUGCCAUCCUGUACUUGCAUUCCUGGCUAUACGGGAGAUCCCUUCAGAUAUUGCAAUCUGCCACCACAACCUGUCGUAAAUGAAGAACCUAAAAAUCCGUGCCAACCCUCACCAUGUGGACCUAAUAGUCAAUGUCGUGAAGUUAACGGACAAGCUGUCUGUUCUUGUUUACCAAAUUAUGUAGGAAGUCCCCCAGGAUGUCGUCCUGAAUGUGUAGUUAGCUCCGAAUGUGCCCUAAACAAAGCCUGUGUUAACCAAAAAUGUGUGGACCCUUGCCCUGGCACCUGUGGCUUAAAUGCCAAAUGCCAAGUUAUCAAUCAUAGCCCGAUUUGUAGUUGCCAAUCCGGUUAUACGGGUGAUCCCUUCACUAGAUGUUACCCGAUUCCACCACCCCCGGUCGAACCACGUCCAGUACCUACAAACCCAUGUAUACCAUCACCAUGUGGACCUAACAGUCAAUGCAGAGACGUCGGUGGGUCUCCAUCUUGUUCCUGCCUACCUAACUUUAUAGGAAGUCCACCAAACUGUCGACCGGAAUGUACCAUCAAUUCGGAAUGUUCCAGUAAUUUGGCUUGUAUUAGAGAGAAAUGUAGAGACCCUUGCCCAGGCUCGUGUGGAGCAAACGCUCGAUGUGAGGUCAUAAAUCACACCCCCAUUUGCACAUGUCCUGAAGGAUUCACCGGUGACCCAUUCACGAACUGCUAUCCCAAACCACAAGAAGCAGAACCGGUUAAAACCGAUCCAUGCAACCCAUCACCAUGUGGUGCUAACGCACAGUGUGACAAUGGAAUUUGCACUUGUCUGCCCGAAUAUCAAGGAGAUCCAUAUAGAGGUUGUAGACCCGAAUGUGUUCUUAAUAAUGACUGCCCAAGAGAUAAAGCCUGUAUUAGAAACAAAUGUAAAGACCCAUGCCCUGGUACUUGUGGCCAAAACGCCGAAUGUAGUGUCAUUAAUCACGUACCGACUUGUACUUGCAUCCAAGGAUACGUUGGCAAUGCUUUUGUUUUGUGUAACCGAAUUCCAGAACCGGUGCCUAAAAACCCAUGCAACCCUUCACCCUGUGGCCCCAAUAGCCAAUGUAGAGAAAUAAACGGUCAAGCUGUAUGUUCCUGCGUCCCAGGUUUCAUCGGAAGCCCUCCAACUUGUCGACCUGAAUGUGUUACAAGCUCGGAAUGUUCCCUAAAUGAGGCUUGUGUGAACCAGAAAUGUAUAGACCCAUGUCCUGGCACUUGCGGACUUAACGCCAGAUGCCAAGUCGUCAACCAUAACCCAAUUUGUAGUUGCCUACAAGGUCAAACUGGCGAUCCCUUCACUCGAUGUGUCCCUAUCGUCGAAGAAGCACCACCAACUCCCACAAAUCCAUGUCAACCAUCACCCUGUGGUCCCAAUUCGCAAUGUAGGGAAGUAGGUGGAGCUCCAUCUUGUUCGUGUUUGCCCGAAUUUAUCGGAACACCGCCCAAUUGCCGACCUGAAUGUGUCAGUAAUAGCGAAUGUGCAAACCAUUUGGCUUGUAUUAAUAAAAAAUGUAAGGAUCCUUGCCCUGGUACUUGUGGCCAAAAUGCCGAAUGUAGAGUCAUAAGUCACACACCAAACUGUGUGUGUGUUUCGGGAUAUGGGGGCAAUCCGUUUGUUCAGUGUAUUCAAAAAGUCGUGACUCCGAUUCAAGAAAGACCCACUCCUUGUAUACCAUCUCCAUGUGGUCCUAACGCGGUUUGUAGAGAACAAAACGGAGCUGGGGCUUGUACUUGCCUGCCUGAAUACAUUGGAAAUCCUUACGAAGGAUGUAGACCAGAAUGUACCCUCAAUUCUGACUGUCCCUCAAACAAGGCUUGCAUCAAAAAUAAAUGUAUGGAUCCUUGUCCAGGAACGUGCGGUUUGAAUGCCGAUUGCCAAGUUAUUAAUCAUUUGCCGUCUUGUACUUGCCGACCGGGUUAUACAGGAGAUCCCUUCAGAUAUUGUAAUGUUAAACCACCACCCCCACUUGAAGAAGAACCUAAAAACCCAUGCCACCCUAGUCCUUGUGGCCCUAAUAGCCAAUGUCGCGAAGUUAACGGUCAGGCUGUUUGUUCUUGUUUGCCCAAUUAUGUUGGAAGCCCACCAGGUUGUAGACCAGAAUGUGUGGUUAGUUCGGAAUGUGCCCAAAACAAAGCUUGUGUUAAUCAGAAAUGUGUUGACCCUUGUCCUGGCACUUGUGGCCUAAAUGCCAAAUGCCAAGUUAUUAAUCAUAGUCCAAUUUGUAGUUGCCAGGAGCAAUACACUGGUGAUCCAUUCACUCGAUGCUACCCUAUCCCACCACCUCCAAUUGAACCAGUAGUGGUCUCUAACCCAUGUGUUCCAAACCCUUGUGGUCCCAAUUCACAAUGUAGAGACGUCGGUGGAGUACCAUCCUGUUCGUGUUUGGCCACUUAUGUCGGAAGUCCACCCAAUUGCCGACCUGAAUGUACCAUAAAUUCGGAAUGUGCAAGCAAUUUAGCUUGUAUGAGAGAGAAAUGUAGGGAUCCUUGCCCUGGAUCAUGUGGUUCUGGUGCCCAAUGCAGUGUCAUAAACCAUACUCCUAUUUGUACUUGCCCUGAGGGCUAUACUGGUAACCCAUUCAGUUACUGUCAGCCUAAACCACAAGAGCUUGAACCGGUUAAAAACGACCCAUGUAACCCAUCGCCUUGUGGACCUAAUGCCCAAUGUAACAACGGAGUUUGUACUUGCAUACCUGAAUACCAAGGUGACCCAUAUCGAGGCUGUAGACCAGAAUGUGUUCUUAACACUGACUGUUCAAAAGACAAGGCUUGUAUUAGAAACAAAUGUGUUGACCCUUGCCCUGGAACAUGUGGCCAAAACGCUGAAUGUGCUGUGAUUAACCAUAUUCCAACUUGUAGUUGCAUUCAAGGUUACACCGGCAAUGCCUUUGUUCUAUGUACCAAAAUACCGGAGAAAAUUCCGCAAAACCCAUGCAAUCCAUCACCUUGUGGUCCCAACAGUCAAUGUAGAGAAAUAAACGGCCAAGCGGUCUGUUCUUGUGUCCCUGGUUACAUUGGAAGUCCCCCAACUUGUCGACCUGAAUGUGUCACAAGCUCGGAAUGUUCGCUAAAUGAGGCUUGUGUCAACCAGAAAUGUAUAGAUCCUUGCCCUGGCACUUGCGGUCUAAACGCCAAAUGUCAAGUCGUGAACCACAACCCGAUUUGUAGCUGUCCACCCAAGUACACCGGAGAUCCGUUCACUCGAUGCUCACCCAUAAUUGAGGAACCACCAACUGUUCCAACCAACCCAUGUCAACCAUCGCCUUGCGGCCCAAAUGCUCAAUGUAAAGAGAUAAAUGGGUCACCAUCGUGUUCUUGUCUACCAGAAUUUAUCGGAUCGCCACCUAACUGUCGACCAGAAUGUGUUAGUAAUAGCGAAUGCGCAAACCACUUGGCUUGCAUCAACCAAAAAUGCAAAGACCCCUGUCCUGGAAUUUGCGGUCAAAAUGCUGAAUGUCGUGUUGUGAGCCAUACACCGAACUGUGUUUGUAUUCAAGGCUACGUUGGCAACCCCUUCAGUAGUUGCCAACCCUAUGAACCGCCAAAACCAGCUGAACCUGUCAAUCCGUGUUUCCCAUCACCUUGUGGUGCUAAUGCUGUUUGUAGGCAAAGAAAUGAUGUAGGGUCUUGUAGCUGUAGCCCUGAUUACGUUGGAAAUCCUUACGAAGGGUGCCGACCCGAAUGUGUUCUAAAUUCAGAUUGUCCCUCGAAUAAAGCUUGUAUUAGAAAUAAAUGUAUGGAUCCUUGUCCUGGAACGUGUGGCCAAAACGCCGAAUGCCAAGUUAUCAAUCAUUUAGCAUCGUGUAUUUGUAUUCCGGGAUAUACAGGCGACCCGUUCAGAUUUUGCAAUGUCAUACCGCCACCACAACAACCCGUUGAAGAACCUAAAAACCCUUGCCAACCCUCGCCCUGUGGUCCUAACAGCCAAUGUCGCGAAGUUAACGGCCAAGCAGUUUGUUCUUGUUUGCCUAAUUAUAUCGGUAGUCCACCAGGUUGCCGACCUGAAUGUGUCACAAGCUCGGAAUGUGCCCUAAAUAAAGCUUGUUCAAACCAGAAAUGUAUAGACCCUUGCCCUGGCACUUGCGGAAUUAAUGCUAGAUGCGAAGUUAUUAAUCAUAGUCCGAUUUGUAGCUGUCAAACAGGUCACACUGGUGAUCCUUUCUCGCGAUGUUACCCAAUACCACUUUCGCCAAAAGAACCCCCACCGCCACCAACAAACCCAUGUGUGCCAUCCCCUUGUGGACCUAAUUCGAUUUGUCAAGAUAUUAACGGCGCACCUUCGUGUUCUUGUAUCACCAAUUAUAUUGGUACACCUCCAAAUUGUCGCCCCGAGUGUACUAUAAAUUCAGAAUGUCCAAGUAAUUUGGCUUGUAUUAGGGAGAAAUGUCGUGACCCAUGUCCAGGAUCGUGUGGUUCUCAAGCACGUUGCACUGUUAUAAACCACACACCCAUAUGUACCUGCCCAGAGGGCUUCACUGGUAAUCCUUUCGAUUCUUGCAUAUUCAAAUUAGAGGAGCCACCUAAACCACAAGACCCAUGUAAUCCAUCGCCAUGUGGAGCUAACGCACAGUGUAACAAUGGCAUUUGCACUUGUCUCCCCGAAUAUCAAGGUGACCCUUACCAAGGAUGUCGGCCUGAAUGUGUCCUCAAUAGCGACUGUGCAAGAGACAAGGCUUGUAUCAGAAAUAAAUGUGUUGAUCCUUGUCCUGGAACGUGUGGCCAAAAUGCCGAAUGUGCUGUCAUCAACCAUAUUCCGACCUGUACUUGCAUUCAAGGCUACACAGGCAAUGCUUUUGUUUUAUGCACCAGAAUACCGGAGAAAACCCCACAAAAUCCAUGCAACCCAUCACCUUGUGGUCCCAAUAGUCAAUGUAGGGAAAUAAACGGCCAAGCGGUCUGUUCUUGUGUCCCAGGUUUUAUUGGAAGUCCUCCAACUUGUCGACCUGAAUGUGUUUCAAGUUCAGAAUGUCUUUUAACCCAAGCUUGUGUCAACCAGAAAUGUAUAGACCCUUGUCCUGGUACAUGCGGUUUAGGUGCUAAAUGCGAGGUCAGGAAUCAUAACCCGAUCUGUAGCUGUCCAAAUAGAUACACCGGUGAUCCAUUCACACGUUGCUUACCAAUUGUUGAACCACCUCCAGCACCUGUAAACCCAUGCCAACCAUCCCCAUGUGGUUCAAACUCACAAUGUAGGGAAAUAAACGGUUCACCAUCUUGUUCCUGUCUAGCUGACUUUAUCGGAAGUCCACCUAAUUGUCGCCCGGAAUGUGUUAGUAAUAGUGAAUGUGCAAACCACUUGGCUUGCAUAAAUCAAAAAUGUAAAGACCCUUGUCCUGGUACUUGUGGCCAAAAUGCUGAAUGUCGGGUUAUAAGCCACACACCUAAUUGCGUUUGUCUCCCUGGCUACUCUGGGAAUGCGUUCCAACGUUGUAUCCUUGCGGAAGAACCAAGACCACCCCCAGCUGACCAAAUCAACCCAUGCGUACCAUCCCCAUGUGGUACUAAUGCCAUUUGUAAGGAAUAUAACGGUGCCGGUUCUUGCGUUUGUUUACCGGAACAUAUUGGCAAUCCUUAUGAAGGGUGUCGACCUGAAUGUGUCCUUAACAGUGAUUGCCCCUCAAACAAAGCUUGCAUUAACCAGAAAUGUAGAGAUCCUUGUCCCGGAACUUGUGGACAGAACGCUGACUGUCAAGUUAUCAAUCAUCUACCAUCCUGUACUUGUAUUCCAGGAUUUACCGGUGAUCCCUUCCGGUUCUGCAACAGAAUCCCUCCACCUAAAAUCCCAGAACCACCCAAAAACCCUUGCCAACCAAGUCCUUGUGGCCCUAACAGCCAAUGUAGAGAAAAUAAUGGCCAAGCGAUCUGUUCUUGUCUCCCCAACUACAUCGGUAGUCCCCCAGGAUGUCGCCCUGAGUGUGUUGUCAGUUCCGAAUGUGCCCUAACUAAAGCCUGUGUUAACCAAAAAUGCGUUGACCCUUGCCCUGGAACUUGCGGUCUAAGUGCUAGAUGUGAGGUUAUCAACCAUAGCCCGAUUUGUAGUUGCGAAAAUGGCUUUACUGGUGAUCCCUUUACUCGCUGCUACCCCAUUCCACCUCCUCCACGUGAAAACCCCAAACCACCCAUUAUCAACCCUUGUGUACCAUCCCCAUGUGGGCAAAACGCCCAAUGUAGAGACGUCGGAGGCACACCUUCGUGUUCUUGCCUACCUAACUUUAUCGGAAGUCCACCCAACUGUCGCCCUGAAUGUACCAUAAAUUCAGAAUGUCCGAGCAAUUUGGCUUGCAUUAACGCCAAAUGUAGGGACCCUUGUCCUGGCUCUUGCGGAAUCGGUGCCCUUUGUGAGGUCAGAAACCAUAAUCCUAAUUGUAGGUGUCCCCCAGGUUAUGAAGGUGACUCGUUUGUUGCUUGUCACCCGGUACCACCCCCAGUACAACCACCCCCAAAAACCGAUCCUUGCUAUCCCAAUCCUUGCGGACCUAAUGCAAGAUGUAAUGAAGGUGUGUGUACUUGCAUUCCUGAGUACCAUGGCGACCCCUAUAGAGAGUGUAGACCCGAAUGUGUCCUAAAUGCAGAUUGCCCUAGAGAUAAGGCUUGUGUUCGAAAUAAAUGUGUUGAUCCCUGUCCUGGUACAUGUGGCACCAAUGCCGAAUGUACUGUUUUCAAUCACUUCCCAUCUUGUAAUUGCAUCCAAGGAUAUACAGGAGAUCCAUUCCUUGGUUGUCGCAAAAUCGAAAGUAAUACACCUAUAUUUGGUAAAACAGUGUAAUAAAUUUUACUAAUUGUAGCCCCUCCACCACAAAACCCAUGUAGCCCAUCACCCUGCGGCCCCAAUAGCCAAUGUCGUGACAUAAACGGCCAAGCGGUUUGUUCUUGCCUCAUGGGCUAUAUCGGAAGCCCCCCGUCUUGUCGCCCCGAAUGCGUCAGUAGUUCCGACUGUCAACAAAACAAAGCGUGUCUCAACCAGAAAUGCGUCGACCCUUGCCCUGGCACUUGCGGUAUUAACGCCCUUUGCCAAGUAGUUAACCACAAUCCGAUCUGUACUUGCCCACCGCAAUACUCAGGCGAUCCUUUCAUACAAUGCAAAGUGAUAAUCGUGAAAGAAGAACCGGUUAAGCAACCCACAAACCCAUGCGUACCUUCAUCUUGUGGCCCUAAUGCUAAAUGUGAGCCCACGCAAGCUGGAACAGCAAAAUGUACCUGUUUGCCCAACUAUUUCGGUGCUCCACCUAAUUGUAGACCGGAAUGUGUGACCCAUAACGACUGCGCGAAAAACCUGGCGUGUGUUAACUUGAAAUGUCAAGAUCCUUGCCCCGGCUCUUGCGGACUAAACGCUCGUUGUGUCGUUGUUAAUCAUGUUCCUAAUUGUCUCUGUCUGGAUAACUAUGUAGGAGAUCCUUUCACUCUUUGCACUCUAAAGCCACAACCAACACUACCACCACCAUCAGCUAAAGAAGACCCAUGUUAUCCAUCGCCAUGUGGCCCCAAUGCCAGAUGCCGGGUUGAAAACAACUAUGCCAUUUGCGAAUGUUUACCAGAAUACCACGGCAAUCCUUAUGAAAACUGCCGACCGGAAUGUAUAACCAACUCCGACUGUCCCAUGAACAGGGCCUGUAUUAGAAAUAAGUGUCAGGACCCAUGCCCAGGCACUUGCGGUAUUAAUGCCCUUUGUACCGUCACCAACCACGUACCAAUAUGCUCAUGUCCUGAAAAAUACGAAGGAGACGCUUUUAGAAUCUGCAAUCAAAUCAUGGAACGUCAACCGACCCCUGACCCGUGCAACCCAUCACCUUGUGGAAUUAACACUGUAUGCCGGGCGUCCGGACAAAAUGCCAUUUGUGAAUGCCUUCCUGGGUUCUUCGGUACUGCUUCAGUCGGUGGUUGUCGUCCUGAAUGUACCAUCAGUGCUGAUUGUCCCCGAGACAAAGCUUGCGUCAACACGAAAUGCAUCGAUCCUUGUCCCGGAGUUUGCGGUUUCAAUGCUAUUUGUCAAGUUAUCAACCACAGUCCUGUAUGUAGCUGUCCACCACCUCUAAUGGGAGAUCCGUUCACACUAUGUAAAGAACAACCGGAACCGCCAAGAGACCCUUGCAACCCUUCACCGUGCCGUCUCAAUGGCCAAUGCCGCGUCAUCAACGGAGUUGCAAGUUGCAUCUACCCCGAAUGUGUAAUCAAUCAAGAUUGUCCCCGAGACAAGGCUUGUUACAACCAGAAAUGUCGCGAUCCUUGCCGAGAUGCCUGUGGUUUGAAUGCCUUGUGUCAGGCUAUUAACCACAAAGCUGUGUGUUCAUGCCCUCCCAAUUAUGUAGGGUCACCUGAGGUGCAAUGCCGACUCCGCGAUGUCGAAGUACCCAAACCUAAACCUGAAUGUCUGCAAGAUGCGGAUUGUACUAACGACAAGGCUUGUAUCAACGAACACUGUCAGAAUCCUUGUCUUGCUACUCCAGGAAUUUGUGGAGAAAAUUCCGACUGUCGUCCACAAGCCCACCGUGCGGUGUGUAUCUGCCGCGAAGGCUACACUGGAAACGCCCAAAGGGCCUGUUUCGAAAUCGGUUGCCGGUCUGACAGUGACUGUCCCCCAAUCCAAGCUUGUAUCAAUCGGGAAUGCGUCGACCCUUGCUCCUUCACUUCCUGUGGCCUUAAUGCUCUUUGUAGAGCUGAUUCCAACCACAAAGCCCGGUGUUAUUGCCCUGAUAACUUCCGAGGAAACCCACUAGUGAGAUGUGAAAGGCCUGAAUGUUUACAAAACGAGGAUUGUCCCUACAACUUGGCUUGCCGGAAUGAAAGAUGUGAAGAUCCGUGCAAUUGCGGAGCUAGAGCUGUGUGUCGUGUAACCAACCAUCAAGCACAGUGCUCCUGCCCACCUGGAUACACCGGAAAUCCCACAGUUGAAUGCCGAUUUGUACCACCGGAAAAACAACCACAGUGUAAAAUGGACGCCGACUGUGCGAGCAAACUUGCUUGCUUCAGCGGCGUUUGCAAAAAUCCCUGUUUGGAGACGAAACCUUGUGGGGCAAACGCGGAAUGUUCUGUGGUAGAUACGCUUCCAUUGAGGACCAUGUCCUGUUUAUGCUUGCCAGGAUAUGUAGGUGAUGCAGAUAUUGAGUGUAAGAAAGCUCCAACUGAAGAACCGGGUUGCAAGAGCAACGACGAGUGUGCCUUGAGUGAGGCUUGCAUCAACCGAAACUGUGUCAACCCUUGUGCUGUUGGCAACCCUUGUGACCUCACGGCUGAAUGUAAACCAACCAAUCAUAAGGCCGUUUGCAGAUGCCCGGCUGGACUUAUCGGAAAUCCAUUUAUCAAAUGUUACGAAGAACCUAAAACCAAACCGGUAUGCACCUCAGACUCUGAGUGCACCAAUGACAAGUCUUGCACCAACCAGCGAUGCCAAGACCCUUGUGUCAUAUCCAAUCCAUGUGGUACCAACGCCCAAUGCAAGACAAGUCUCCACAGACCGAAUUGUAUCUGCCCCGAUGGAUGGGGUGGAAACCCACAAAUUGCUUGCUACAAACCCGAGUGUACCACCAACGAUGACUGUCCAUACAACAAAGCUUGCAUCAACGAAAACUGUCUUGACCCAUGCGCCACGCAAUCCUGCGGCCGAGGUGCACAAUGCCUUGUCCAGAACCAUCGUGCUUCUUGCCAAUGUCCUGCCGGUAUGCAAGGAAACCCCUUAGUGGCUUGUAUCGCCGGCAUCUGUCAAUACAACGAGGACUGUGCCGACCAUGAAGCUUGUGAUAGACUCAACCGAGUUUGUCGCCCCGUCUGUGAUGAGGACACUUGUGCCGAAACUGCAACUUGCCUUGGCCAACAACACCAAGCCAAAUGUCAUUGUCCACCCGGAACUAUCGGAAACCCAUACGUCGAGUGCACCGGAGAGAGACGACCGGUCCCCGAACCGGAAUGUCGCUCAGACUCUGACUGUUCCUCGCAACUGGCUUGUAUUAACCAACUCUGCAAAAAUCCAUGUGCUAACGGAAAUGUUUGCACCAAAGACCAGGAAUGUAAAGUUUUGGAUACGUUGCCUCUAAGGACAGUUUUAUGUCAAUGUCCAACUGACACCAUAGCUGAUAGUUUAGGAAAUUGCAAGCCGAUCAAAGCCCAACCUGAAUGUCGCGUCGACUCGGAUUGUAGCGACAGUGAGAAAUGCAUUUCGAACAGUUGUGUUGAAGCUUGUAGGGUCGAUACCUGCGGAGUAAACGCCCUGUGUAACUCCAUUCACCAUCAAGCUAUCUGUACUUGCGCUCCGGGUUAUACCGGAAAUCCGCACUUCGAGUGUACAAACAUCCCGAGGAUACCGCCACGACCCAUCCCCGAAUGUUACACCGAGGAGGAUUGCCCCUAUGACAAAACUUGCAGAAAUGACAUUUGUGUUAACCCAUGUAUUGAUGGUAAACCAUGCGCUGUUGGUGCUUUCUGUUCCGUUGACAACCAUAGGGCCAAAUGUGCAUGUCCAGCUGGGUAUGAAGGUCAACCUACAAUCAAAUGUAUACCUCCUCUUGGUCCUACUGUUGGUUGCACCUCAAACUCGGAAUGUGCCCAAAGUGAGUCAUGCGUCAACGCCCUGUGCGUAAGCCCAUGCAACUGUGGCCCCCAUUCCGAAUGUAAGGUAGUCAACCACUAUCCUAUUUGCUACUGCUUGCCUGGGUACUCCGGAAAUCCACAAACCGGAUGUGUGAAACUUGGUUGUCAGUCAGAUAGCGAGUGCAGCAACGACAAACAAUGCUACAAUGGCCAAUGCAUCAACCCAUGUAUUUUGGGCGACCCGUGCGCCCGCAAUGCCGAAUGCUACGGAAACAACCACAAAGCCGCAUGUCGGUGCCCCGCCGGCUACUCAGGCAACCCUUUCGAUCGGUGCCAACGCAUCGAGUGUCACACCGACACCGAUUGUCCCAACAACCGAGCUUGUAUCGAACAACGUUGCGUCGACCCUUGCUCCAACAUCGCGAACCCUCCAUGCGCUCAAAACGCCAUCUGUUAUGCCCAAAACCACGCCGCUGGGUGCUUAUGCCCCGAACAUUUGCCUGAAGGAAACCCCUUGUCGUACUGUAUGGCCCCAGCAUUGGUACCCGGCCGUCCCGAGUGCGAACUCGACAUAGACUGUCCGAGCAAACUGGCAUGUAUUCGGAACAAGUGUGUCAAUCCAUGCGAAAGCCUCUCGCCGUGUCACAGGACGGCGCAUUGCAGCGUCCUCGAUACGGUACCUGUGAGAACCAUGAUUUGUACUUGUCCAGAAGGAUGGGUGCCUAAUGACAACGGGGAGUGCCACGCAGUUGUGGUCCCGAUUCCACCUGGAUGUACCAGUGAUAACGAUUGUCCGAGUAAUGAAGCUUGUAUCAAUAGAUUGUGCCGCAACCCGUGCGAUUGUGGUACCCAUGCUGCUUGUUUCGUGCAGAACCACCGCCCGAUUUGUUCCUGUGAGGAGGGUUAUGAAGGAAACCCCAAUAUCGCAUGUCGUCUAGCUGGAUGCAGGACCGAUUCGGAAUGCGAGUCGGGCAAGUCGUGCAUCAACGGCAAUUGCAUCAACCCUUGUUUAGUCAAAGAUCCUUGUGGUAUCAAUUCCGAGUGUUACGUUUACCAAAACCGGGCCGAAUGUCGAUGCAAGAGUGGCUAUCGAGGGAAUCCUCUCGAACGGUGCCGAAUCGUUGGUUGUAUAUCAAACAGUGACUGUCCCACCGACCGGCAAUGCAUCAACGCCCAAUGUAUCAACCCUUGCGUUUAUGAUAAUCCUUGCUCGCCUCGAGCCGAAUGCCGAGUCCAAAACCACAUGUCCCUCUGCCGGUGCCCUGUCGGUUAUUUAGGUAACCCCUACGUCGACUGCCACCCACAGCCCCAACCUGAAUGUCGCGAAGACAGCGAAUGUCCCACCAAACUUGCUUGUAUCAAUAAUAAAUGCCAAGACCCGUGUUCCAUCCUCGAACCGUGCCAACGGCCGGCUGAGUGUCAAGUCGUGGGUUCAGUACCAGUCCGUACCAUGAUCUGUGUGUGUCCCUCCGGAUACAUCAGUAGCGGAAGUGGUACUUGCAACCCUGUAACCGCCAUCAUCGAAGUCGGUGCUUGUGUCAGCGAUAGCGAUUGUCCGGCUGAUAAAGCAUGUUUCAAUGGAAUAUGCCGCGACCCUUGCAACUGUGGUCCGUUUGCCGAAUGCCGUGUCAAGAACCACAAACCAGUUUGUACUUGCAAACAAGGCUACGACGGUAAUCCCGAAUUGGAAUGUACUAAAGUCGGGUGUAGGAGCGAUGAUGAGUGUUCAGGACAACACAGCUGUGUCAACCGGCAAUGUGUACCCGUUUGUGCAGCUGAUAGGUCAUCCUGUGGUGAAAAAGCCACAUGUUAUGGACAUAACCAUCGAGCCAUCUGCGAGUGUCCCCCAGGUCUUAUCGGAAACCCCAGAAUCUCCUGUAUUUUGGUAGGAUGUCGGUCGGACUCGGAAUGUCCAGGAAAUAGAGCUUGUAUCAACAACAAGUGUGAAAACCCUUGCGCUAGUGCCAAUCCGUGUGAUGCCCCAGCUGAAUGCAAAGUAUUUAAUCAUGCAGUCGAGUGUGCUUGUCCACCGGGAACCGUCAGUGAUGGCAAAAUGGGUUGUAUGACGGUCGAAGAGAAGUGCAGGAGAGAUUCGGAUUGUCCCUCGCAGUUUGCUUGCAUUGGAGGAGAGUGUGUCAAUCCGUGUACCUCAACACAGCCUUGUGGAGUCAAUGCAGAAUGUCGUGUCCUCGAUACUGAGCCAGUCAGGACCAUGAUCUGCGAGUGCUUGCCGGGAUAUCAAGGCAAUGCAGCCGUACAAUGCGACAAAAUGGCCUGUUGGACCGACAAAGGCUUCGUGACGACCCCCGACGGCAAGUGUGUGUGUCCCCCCAACACCGGCCUCAACGACAACAACGAAUGUAUUCCUUGUCUUGAAGAAAAGGGCCUCAAAGUGGACGAACGCGGCCGCUGUGUCUGCGCACUAGAAAAAGGACUAAUUAUUGACGAAAGAGGCAACUGUGUUUGUCCAACAGAAUUCGGAUAUAAACUCGACAAAAACGGAAACUGUAUCUCACCACCGGGAAGCGAGUGUGAAACCGACGACCAGUGCCCUGAUGACAAGUACUGCCAUCCGGAAACAAAAACGUGCCAAAAUCCUUGCCUACAUAAGAAGUGUGGAGUCAAUGCGUUCUGUAAUGCUACAAACCACGUCGCGAUCUGUCAAUGCGUUAACGGAUAUAGCGGAGACCCCAAAAUAUCAUGCAAUAUUCCAUCCAGGUUCAAGACUGAUUUCCCACCACCUGACUUGCAAGUCAGUUGCAUGUCCGAUGGUGUCCAUGUCCAGAUUCACAUCGCGGAGCAAGGAUUUAAUGGAGUCCUUUAUGUGAAAGGGCACAGUAAAGACGAACAGUGUCGCAGGAUAAUCACCCUACCAUCAGACUCGAGUCCCAUAACAGAAAUCUUCAAAGUCCAUUUCGGAAAUUGUGGUUUAAUCCAUGUCAAUGGUCAGGCUAGCUUCGUCUUGGUGAUCCAGAAACACCCCAAACUUGUGACAUUCAAAGCUCAGGCAUACCACAUCAAAUGCGUGUACCAAACCGGCGAACAAAACGUCACUCUUGGCUUUAAUGUGUCCAUGUUGACCACUGCUGGUACCAUCGCAAACACCGGUCCUCCCCCCACUUGUACCAUGAAGAUUGUUACACCAACAGGCCAAGAAAUCAACUCGGCUGAAAUCGGAGAUAACCUGAUGUUGCAAGUAGACGUACAACCCGGAUCUAUCUAUGGAGGUUUCGCCAGGAGUUGUGUGGCCAAAACUAUGGAAGAUAACGUCGAAAACGAGUAUUUAGUCACAGAUGAGAACGGUUGUGCUACCGAUCCUACAAUUUUCGGAGAGUGGGAGCACAACUCUGACACACAAAGCUUGUUGGCGAGUUUCAACGCUUUCAAGUUCCCCAGUAGUGACAAUAUUAGGUUCCAGUGUAACAUUAGGGUUUGUUUCGGCAAGUGCCAACCGGUCAAUUGUCGCGGUUAUAAUGCUUUUGGACGAAGAAAACGAGACGUCGAUGAUGAGAAUAGGACAGACGUGGCACUUGCUGGCGAUUUGAUGUCAGGACAGUUGAGAGAAGAAAUAACGAUUCAAAGUAACGCGAUUUUGACGUUUGAAAGACGUGAGGAACGGUUCGUGGAUCCCACUGAAGCUCCAAAUGCCCAGAGAGUGGAAGACAUCUGUGUGUCCAUGAUCGGCUUCAUCAUCGCUUUGAUCAUAACAGCUCUGCUGGCCCUCGUGGCGGUGGCUGUGGCGGUCUCCUGCUGGCUGAUGGCCUACCGUCGAAGGCCCAAAGCCACCGGCCCUCUGCCCCAUCCGCCUGAGUUCCCCAACCCUCUGUUCACCACCCCCGAGCCUAUGGCGGAACCCAGUCCCGACUACCUCACGUAAUGAAGACAUUUUUAGCUCACAAUACUCCAGAAAAAUGACAAUUUUUUUAUUUAUUUAACGACUUGCGAAAGCAAACGAAAUACUCGACUAUAUUUAAACGAUUUUAUUAUUUGUAUAUUGAAUUCGUUUGUGGCGACUUUGUACUCCUUUAGUAUCCGUCCGAAAUGCUACUCACUCCACAAAACUGCCAAAAGGAGUUCAAGUCGUCACGAAAUCGUUAGUGAAUACAAAUGUGAAAAAUGCGUACGACCAUAAGUGUUGCGAAAAUAUGGUUCGUACACAUUUUGACUAUCUUUUCCAAUGGCUUAAUAUUCGAGUAACUCUUUGCAGACAAGGGAGAAAUUUAAUUACGGUGGUGGUCUUGCUUUAACUCGCUUUAACAAAAAUUUGUUUGACGAAGUACCCUUGAAUCUGAGUUAUUUCCUAUUGUAAAUAAAUUCGAAAUAGUUUUUCUUUUUAUCUUUGAGCCACUGGAAGAUGUAGAAUUGAUAUUUUUUUAAGAUAAGAGUAUAAAUAUUUUUAUUAAAUAACUUGUAUAAAGUGUAUGAAUGUGAAUGAAUGUGGAGCCUGGCUCAAGAUUUUUUUGGUGCUGACUGAUAUUUUUACUCAAAACAGUCAAAACGUUUAGUCAAUGAUUUCUUAUUCAUAGUACCUAUUUAUAUACUUGUAAGUCUCAAGGAGACAAAACUAUCAUUCUUUUAACCAAAAAGUAUUAAAAUUUACGUAUUUAACGACUUUAGGCUAAAUUUUAUUAAAAAGUCUGUGAAUGUUAAAUUAAAUCGUUCUCUAAGCGCUAUUUAACUAAUUAAAAUACGUAUGUGUUAAUUUCUCUGUCGUAAUUAUGUCUCUAACGAUGAUUCCUUAAUUGUCAUAUUUGUGAUAAUCGCUUCCUUAAUAAAGAUUGUUUAAUAAUAAA